AUGGAGAAAAAGAAAAUGUGCCCCCGUCUACUGGACUACCUGGUGGUGGUCGGAGCCAGGUGAGGACUUCAUAGGGUUGGUUGGGAGAUAACAGUCCAAACCCAAACUGAGUCCUACUACCUCACAUUAUAUCGUUAGGCCUAUACAAUGCUGUUUCACAAUGCUGUUUCUGAUGCCCAUUCUCCCUCCAUCCUACCUUCCAGGCAGCCCAGCACUGACAGCGGGUCCCAGACCCCCCAGCUCCUCCGCCGCUACCCGCUGGAGGACCACCCGGACUUCCCUCUGUCCCCGGACGUGGUCUUCUUCUGUCAGCCUGAGGGAUGCCAGAGCAUCCGGCAGCGCCGGGUCAGCCUGCGAGACGACGCCUCCUUCGUCUUCGCACUCACUGACAAAGACUCGGGCAUCACGCGCUACGGUAUCUGCGUCAACUUCUACCGCUCCUUCCAGCGAGGGGGGCACCGCCGCGACAAGGUGGGUAGCGGUGAAACGGCGGCGCAGACAGCGGAAGCGACCAGCGAGAGUUCCGAUGGCAGCGGUGGCUGCCCCACUGCCUCCACGUUGCCGACACCUGCCAGUGCCGACACAACAGCCACAUCUGCGCCAAGCAUGGAGCCGGGACCGCCCGGUGGCGAGCCAAAUGCUGGCAGGUCCCCUCGGCACAAACGCAGCACUGCCAAGAUGGUCAAUCGGAACCGCGACAGCACGCUGACCUCGCUGUGCAUGAUCAGCCACUACCCCUUCUUCUCCACCUUCAGGGAGUGCCUGUACAUCCUCAAGAGAAUGGUGGACUGCUGCAGCCACAGGUUGACCCAGCGUGCCGGCCUGCCCCGCGGAACUCAGAGGUAUGCAAAGUGCCAGGCUUAUCAAACGAUGGAGCCCCCUGGUUUCCAUAAUUUAUUUCAGGAUAUUCAGUUGAGUAAAAUCACAGCGUUGCUAAAACUAUCCUAAAACUACCCAGGCCAGAACACUUCCAACAGCAGGCCUAUCCCUACCAAAAAUGUGAUUCAAAGGUAUGUGGUCAAUGGUCAUUUAUUUAGGCUGUUUUUAUUUGAAACCACCCAGCUCUGUUGCAACCACAAGUGAUUGACCAGCUCUAUCUGAAAGCAAGAAAAGUUGAGGUAGUGACAUACAAUGAGGUUAGUAUUAGUCGUAAGCACUUAUCUUGGAAGAUCAUUUUGCAAAAUGUUCUAAAUUCCUAUGUUUAUAAAUCCAGAGCUGAUAUUCGGGAUCUGGUCACAGUAUGAUACAUUUUAAAUCCAAAUCAACGUCCAGAACAGAUUCAGUCUGAUCUGGUUGUAAUAUACACAGCCCAAAACAAGUAUUUUUAUUUGAGUAUUUGAAUGAUUAUUUGUAAAAAAUAAAAAAAUAAAAAAUAGUCUACCAAAUUGUAUUUGAAAGUAUUCAUUAAAACAAUUAUUAUGCAUGGGAAUGUAUUUGAGUUUUUUCAAAUAGAAUCCAAUAUUCAACUACUUGUUUUUUCAAAUAAAGGUGAUCUGAAUACUCUUUUUGAAAUCCAGGAAUUGGGAAUAAAAACGUAUUGAAAAUACAGUAAUGGGCAAUGUACCAAUUUCUUAUGGCCUUUUAAACCCACUCGUGAUAUUUAAUAGACUAGAUGGAAUUGCCCCACUCAUUACAUUUUUAAACAACACUGGUCUGAAAGGCCAGAGAAUUUGACCUUCAAUUCUUGGAGGUGAUAUGGACACUGGACAAUGAGAACCUUGUGGGUAGUGUAGUGUCAUCAGUGAGUCAGCAUGGCCUUGCCUUGUCCCCUAUUGUGGAGUCUCCUAACAAAUGCUGCAGGAAAUGCGUGGUUCCCCUGCUCUCGUGUCUACACACCGGAACAUGGCCUAUCAUGCUGCUGUCGGCUGGUGUUCAUGCAAGGCAAUUGAUGAAGAUCCGAGAACAUUGUGUGCAUGCACCUUUACGCACUCAGGAUAUUGAGACAUUCCCAUGCAAAAGCAUUUCGUUUUAAGCAAAAUGUUUCUAUUAUUUUAACACAAGUUCUAUUAAGUUUUCUUAGAGAUACACUAUCUGUCAAUUUUAGACACACCGACUCAUUCAAUUUUUUUAUUAUUAUUUUUUUACUAUUUUUGACAUUGUAGAAUAAUUGUGAAGACAUCAACUAUUAAAUAACACAUAUGGAAUGUAGUAAACAAAAAAGUGUUAAACAAAUCAAAAUACAUUUUAUAUUUGAGAUUCUUCAAAUAGCCACCCUUUGCCUUGAUGACAGCUUUGCACACUUUUCCAACAGUCAUGAAGGAGUUCCCACAUAUGCUGAGCACUUGUUGGCUGCUUUUCCUUCACUCUGCGGUCCGACUCAUCCCAAACCAUCUCAAUUGGGUUGAGGUCGGGGGAUUGUGGAGGCCAGGUCAUCUGAUGCAGCACUCCAUCACUCUCCUUCUUGGUCAAAUAGCCCUUACACAGCCUGGAGCUGUGUUGGGUCAUUGUCCUGUUGAAAAACAAAUUUCCACCAGUCUAAUGUCCAUUGCUCAUGUUUCUUGGCCCGAGCAGGUCUCUUAUUCUUAUUGGUGUCCUUUAGUAGUGGUUGAUAUUGAGAUGUGUCUGUUACUUGAACUCUGAAGCAUUUAAUUGGUCUGCAAUUUCUGAGGCUGGUAACUCUAAUGAACUUAUCCUCUGGGUAGCUCUAGGUCUUCCAUUCCUGUGGCGGUCCUCAUGAGAGCCAGUUUCAUCAUAGUGCUUGAUGGUUUUUGCGACUGCACUUGAAGAAACUUGAAAAGUUAUUGAAAUGUUCCAUAUUGACUGACCUUCAUGUCUUAAAGUAAUGAUGGGCUGUCGUUUCUCUUUGCUUAUUUGAGCUGUUCUUGCCAUAAUAUGGACUUGGUCUUUUACCAAAUAGGGCUAUCUUCUGUAUACCACCCCUACCUUGUCACAACACAACUGAUUGGCUCAAAGGCAUUAAGAAGGAAAGAAAUUCCACAAAUUUAACUUUUUACAAAGCACACCUGUUAAUUGAAAUGCAUUCCAGGUGACUACCUCAUGAAGCUGGUUGAGAGAAUGCCAAGAGUGUGCAAAGCUGUCAUCAAGGCAAAGGGUGGCUAUUUGAAGAAUCUCAAAUAUAAAAUAUAUUUUGAUUUGUUUAACACUUUUUUGGUUACUACUUGAUUCCAUAUGUGUUAUUUCAUAGUUUUGAUGUCUUCACUAUUAUUCUACAAUUGUAGAAAAUAGUAAAAAUAAAGAACCCCUGGAAUGAGUAGGUGUGUCCAAACUUUUGACUGGUACUAUAUAUUGAAAAUAAGGCUGCAAUUGUAACUUAUUAAAGUAACUUAUUUAUUUGCUUCAAUUGAAGUUUUCGUCCCUCAAUAAACAAUCCUGUCUCCUUUCCUCUAUAACAAUCAACACCACAAUGGAUCCAUAAAUUGUCUGCCGAGACAAUCAUAACAAUUGUCCCUCAGCUCCAUGAAAAGCACAGCAUAGCCAAUCCCUGUGUGUAGUAGUAGCAGAUGUCGGUAAACAACAAUACCCUAUCAGAAGCAGAGGGGAAUGAAGCACAGAUGGAGCUGUAAGAUGCUUCUGCCUCGGGUUAAUGAAGACCUCACUCACUGUCCUGACAUUUUCCCUGGUCUGUGUGUGGCGCGGUGACGAAGACCGAGAGACAGAGACCCAAGGGUCGUGCUCAGGGCUCUAAAUUUAAAAAUGUUUGUUGGUAGCACUUGUGCACCACAUACAAUUUAGGAGCACCAGAAAAUUUGAUUUGUAAAUUGAUUGAUAUAGCCUGCAUUGGGCCUAUAUGAAUCCUACUUACAUUUGAAGCACAGCUCCUGAAAAAGAUAUCACUUUUCCUUUCUUUCUGUGCCACCAAAUAGUUGCAUAUAUUGUUAAGGUAGGGCUGCACCAUAUGGAAAAGAAAUAAAAUUGUUAUUUUCAACCAAAUCUUGCAAUUUGACUUGUGAUAUAGAUCAACACACUUGGGUGAACUGUUGGAUUCAUAGAAAUAUAAUUACUAUAAAAAUUCUAUGGUUGGUGUUUGGCAUGACAACAAAUUAAAAAGUAAGCUAGGAGUUUUGACAGGGUGGGAACCAACGUGUUGGUCAGUGUUUUCUAGGGGACCCUAAUCACAUUUGAAUAGAUGCUGCAUUUGGACAAAGAUUUUAAAAUAGGCUAUCUGAUUCAGAACAUGCCGUUGUACAAACAACAUGCUGAUCUACACCACCACUGGUAACAACCUGUAUGAGAGCUAACAUUUGCUUUGCCCUAGCUUGUGCAUUUAGCUAGCUAGUUAGUGAUCAGCAUUAGCAUUAUUUUAGGCAUAUGCCAGCUUCCUUAGACUAACUUGCGUUUUGCAGAGAGCAAGAUACACAAAGUAAUAGUAUAAUAGAGAAGACCUGUGAAUUCAUAUUUAGAAACAACCUGGAAAGCAGCAUCAUUCUUGUUUUAGGAGAAUAUGUUGAGGGUAUGAAUUGACACCAUGCUGAGAGAAUAAACGGCUGUGGAGGAACCAAAGACAGUAACUCUGUGGAGGAACUGUGCGCUCUCUGCUUGAUUGACAGGGGCCGGGGCUUGGUGUGUGUGGUCCGGGAACUGGAAGCAAGCAGACGUGGGAGGCAGCCUGUCUUGUUUGAGCAGUGUAGAGAAGAGUGUUGCGGUGAAAUACUGUUACACAUUUAUUCAUUUUUUAUUUCAUUUUAGUCGCACUGGUGCUCCCAAAAUAAAACUUCAGGUCGUACAGCAAAAUAUUUAGGUGUAUAUGCGUCCAAAUUGGUCGCACUUUAGAGCCCUGGCCGUGCUGGUUUACAUAACACUGUGAGGGGCUACUGCGUUGCGGGCUGCUGCGGCACACACAAACACACCACGCACAUAUACAGACAGACACACACACAUGCACAGACAAACGCACACAGUCACACUUACACGCUGCCUAUAAGUCUAUGACACACACACACACACACAGCGCUUGGCUGACAGAUUGAGGUUUCUGACUGCCUUCAGGGAGCAGCUGCAGUGGGCGGUGGCCCAGGGCGAGCUCUGACGAGCUAAUGAUUAAUCUCCCUCCCUCCCUUGCCAACAGACGGCAGGCAACUGAAAAGAGGGUUUAAUGCUACCGUGUGUGUAAGGGUGUGUACGUUCAGAGUGGAGGGCUGUCGACAUGUCGGCGGCUCAAGGGACCUCCUUUGCUUACAUCUUGUUUGCUCAUUGCACAAUCACAACGUACAGUAGAAUGCAGAAGGAAGGGUGCUUUGUCUGUGUAAAUAUAGUUAUAAGGUUUUGAUGAUGUAGCGCUCGCCUAAUAUUCUAAUAAUUUAUGUGAACAGGUGAAGUUGCGGUACGGUUUGUUUGGGUGGAUUUUCUUGCAGGAUAUGCUUGCUUUUAUCGCCUGUUGAGAAAUAUGAUUGUAAUAGGAUUUGUUGACUGUCUCCUGUCGGGGACACCAUUUCCCUCCGCAUGUCACAGAGGCCUCUCCAUGUGUAUCUAAACUGUCUGUUUGUUGACUGACUUGUCAUUCUCCCAUCAGGGACACCAUGUGGCGCGUGUUCACGGGGGCCCUGUUGGUGGAGGAAAAGGGCAGCCAGCUGCUGGCUGACCUGCGGGAGAUCGAGUCCUGGGUCUACCGUCUCCUGCGCUCCCCGGUGCCCGUGGCGGGCCAACGGCGCGUAGAUGUGGAGGUGCUGCCCCACGAGAUGCAGCCGGCACUCACCUUCGCCCUGCCCGACAACUCUCGCUUCUCCAUGGUGGACUUCCCCCUGCACCUGCCGCUGGAGUUGCUGGGUGUGGACGCCUGCCUCAUGGUGCUCAGCUGCAUCCUGCUGGAGCACAAGGUGAGGGGAAAGGGCUGACGUUUUGAAUAGAGUUUACCCUGGGAUCUACUUUAUGGCUGUGUUUGAGAGCUUUAAAUCUGUGACUGAGCAGACUGAUCUACAAAUCAUAAUAAGUAGUUAUUUAGGAUGCAAAGUGAUUUGUAAAUCAGUCAGUUGGUGCAGUCGGUGAUCAGCGACUCAGCAGAAUUUAUGCUCUCAAACAACUCUGGGCGUGUUCGACGUUACAGCCGACUUUAAAGGCAAGUCUAGACUGACUGAUCUACAAAUCACCUUGCAUCAUAAAUAAAUAACUACAUAAAAUAUUAUUUGUAGAUCAGUCAGUCACAAUUAACCCAUGAUACAUCAAGGUUUUGAUGCUCUCGAACACAGCCUCUGCCUUGAAUAAGGCUAUUGCCCAGUCACAAAUCAACCCAUUGCCUCCUAGGUGUGUCAGUGGAAUGAGUACUGUUGUGUGUGUCCCUGCCCUCAACAGCUAUAUGUUAGGGAUGUGAACAAUGGACAAUUUUGCUUAACAUUUAUACUGUCAUUUUUAAAAUCAGUUUUCCGUUAAAAUGAUUUUUACAAAUCAUAAAAUUCCACGUCAAUUCACAAUGCAGAAUAAUAUUCAGAUUACGCAUGUAUGACCGCUAGGGCAGGGCAAUGAAGUUAUAUCUAAGGCAGGGUUUCCGUUCAAAUGUAUUAGAAGCCGAUCGUAGCUGGCCAGAUUAUCCGGAGCUGCACAUCGUACAUCCCGAUUUUACAAUUCAGCACCAUUCUCUCACUCCUUCCGUGUUGCCUUAUGUGCAUGCUACUGAGGAGAGAGAAAUAGCGAGAAAGGAGCCUGCAAAGAUGGAAUCAUUUUUCAUUUAAGUAAUAGAGAUUAUGCCUAUAAUGAAAGCCUACAAGGGGAAUGUCCUCCAUAUGGACAAAGAUGAGAAGAACGUUAGCGCGGCCAAAUGCAAGCUACUGUGCUUGCAUUAUGAUUCAAUUUUUAUUUUUUAUAAUACUUAUCAUUAUUAUUACUGUAUAUCAUUGUUGUUUUUGUAAUGCAUAUUUAUUAAUCUAAACCGGUACUUUAAAUAUGCAAAACGUGUUUUGUUUAAUUCUGUUGAGACAUUUGUUGGCUAAAUUAAGUUUGAUCUGUCUUUUUAAUUGUGUGCUCUGUAUUUAGUUUAAGAUAGGUUAUAACUAGGCCUGUUGUAAAAUAAAUAUAAUUAGGGUACAGUAGGCACUAGCCUUUCUUGGUAAUUGCAGAAAUACAGGCUGUUUUAAACUUUUAUGAGAUUUGUUUCAUUCUGAGUCAUUUUCUUUGGCCAAACUAAAUUCCAACUAAUGUUGUUUGCUGCAAUAUAAUAUCCUGCUCGUAUUUUCCAUAUAAAAGUUUGACUUACUUUUGAUACAGUAUUACACUAAUAAAGUUUAGAAACUUUUGUGAAUGUUUCGUGUGGCUAUUAGCCUGUUAUACUGCAGGCCUAUGAUUUGAAGGUAGUGCGCACCCAUGCUCCAACUGACUCCGACAGUUGAACUUGAGGUGAGGAAGAAUGUUUUAGGCCUACCAAAGUUACUCCUAUAAUCUUACAAUAUAAUGCUUUUCUUUCUAAAAAAUAUUUUUACAGAAAAGUAUAUAGCAGACGCAGUAGGCUAUCCUAUCUGACAAGGAUAAUGAAAUGCAUGUCAGUGUCUUAGCAUGCCGCCGGCAUUUUUCUACAAUGGGUUGGUCAAAACAAGCAUUGUGAUUGGUUGAGACGCGUUCUAAGCCAUACUAAAAAACCUGUUAAGUAAGGGUAUAAGCCUAUGAUGCAAAAAUAGGAAACUUGUUUUUUGUUACAUCUGAGAAAUCCCUGCUCAUCUCUGUCCCAUCAGCCCAGCCAGCCAAUUAAUUAGCUUGAUCUCCACUGUAAAAGGCAUCUAGACAUUAUUUCCCCUUGCUUCUAGCCUAACAUUUGGUUUGCAACAACGGGGGUUUGUACAAAAGUUGCUGUCUGUCUCUUGACAUUUGCAACAUAGUUUCAAUAUUGAAAUUCGAUCUCCACUGUCCUAUUGAGAAUGAACGUGUCAGGUCGAGACGGACAUCUUUUCUCAGCCAGUCAAAAUCAUGAAUCAGCAAAAGUCUUAUGGAUAUACACAGAAAUGUCAAUAGAAAAACAGGUCAAAUGACAUGAAAUGCAGCUAGUUUGCUGUCUUACCAGCUUCAGUUUGAAGUGAUUGCGUUAGUUGUGUAGUUAGCUAGCUCCUCGGAACAGUGUCCUGGCGAGAGAGCACAUUUUCUAUGCCAGGCAAAAUCGCGCAUCAUUAGCUCAUUGUUAUGGAUGUAUCCCAAACAUCUUAAAACCAACGGCAAAUGCAGCUACAAGCAAGGAAUAAGAGCGUUGCCACGGAACAUUUAGAAUGAACGACUGGGUUUCGUCCAUAGAUAUAGAACAAAAAUACUUAACGACUGGAUCGCGUCUCUGGCAACCUAACCGAUAGAAUGAACGGCCAGCUGGCUUGGCUUGGCUAGCAUCCAUAGAUGUGUCGGGACUAGGCCUAUAUUUUCGCUGAGGGAUGAAAUAGUAGCCUAUGAAUACAUUUAUCAAAAUAAUGUUUUUUUUAUUGAAUUGGUAACCCAUUGUAGAGAGGCAAUUGUACACUCGAGGUUGUGCAAAACGACUAUUUUAGCACAGCUGUGGUGAUCUACGGUACUUGGAUCCUCCUCGUACCUAUGACCGCAGCACAGCCGUGGUAAACAUUUUUGUUUAGCACGCCCUCUCGUGUACAAUUGCUUUAAUUUCUCUCUCUCUCUGGGGCUAACCCGAAGCUUCUCUUCCUUUUUAUAUACAGGACCAGUCAAAAGUUUGGACACACCUACUCAUUCAAGGAUUUUUCUUUAUUUUUACUAUUUUCUACAUUGUAGAAUAAUAGUGAGGACAUCAAAACUAUGAAAUAACACAUGGAAUUAUGUAGUAACCAAAAAAGUGUUAAACAAAUCAAAAUAUAUUUUAUAUUUGAGAUUCUUCAAAUAGCCACCCUUUGCCUUGAUGACAGCUUUGCACACUCUUGGCAUUCUCUCAACCAGUUUCACCUGGAAUGCUUUUCCAACAGUCUUGAAGGAGUUCCCACAUAUGCUUAGCACUUGUUGGCUGCUUUUCCUUCACUGUGCCGUCCGACUCAUCCCAAACCAUCUCUAUUGGGUUGAGUUCGGGGGAUUGUGGAGGCCAGGUCAUCUGAUGCAGCACUCCAUCACUCUCCUUCUUGGUCAAAUAGCCCUUACACAGCCUGGAGGUGUGUUGGGUCAUAGUCCUGUUGAAAAACAAAUGAUAGUCCCACUAAGCCCAAACCAGAUGGGAUGGCAUAUCGCUGCAGAAUGCUGUGGUAGCCAUGUGGUUAAGUGUGCCUUGAAUUCUAAAUAAAUCACUGACAGUGUCACCAGCAAAGCACCCCCACACCAUAACACCUCCUCCUCCAUGCUUUACGGUGGGAACUACACAUGCAGAGAUCAUCCGUUCACCCACAGCGCGUCUCACAAAGACACGGCGGUUUGGAACCAAAAAUCUCAAAUUUGGUAACUCUGGGUCUUCCAUUCCUGUGGCGGUCCUCGUGAGAGCCAGUUUCAUCAUAGCGCUUGAUGAUUUUUGCAACUGCACUUGAAGAAACUUUGAAAGUUCUUAAUGUUCCGUAUUGACUGACCUUCAUGUCUUAAAGUAAUUAAUGAUGGACUGUCGUUUCUCUUUGAUUAUUUGAGCUGUUGUUGCCAUAAUAUGGACUUGGUCUUUUACCAAAUAGGGUUAUCUUCUGUAUACCCCCCCCUAACUUGUCACAACACAACUGAUUGGCUCAAACGCAUAAAGAAGGAAAGAAAUUCUACAAAUUAACUUUUAAGAAGGCAUUGGAAUGCAUUCCAGGUGACUACCUCAUGAAGCUGGUUGAGAGAAUGCCAAUAGUGUGCAAAGCUGUCAUCAAGGCAAAGGGUGUCUACUUUGAAGGGUGUCUACUCAAAUCUCACUUUUUUGGUUACUACAUAAUAACAUUGUUUUGAUGUCUUCACUAUUAUUAUACAAUGUAAAAAAUUGUAAAACUAAAGAAAAACCCUUGAAUUAGUAGGUGUGUCCACAUUUUUGACUGGUAGUGUAUAUAUUUUUACAUUUAAAUAUCAUACAGUUGACGCCUAAGCCUGAUGCAUUUAGUGUUCACAUUUCUAUCUUCACGGUCACUUGUCCGGCGCCAAAUUUUCCCAACGGAAACCCGGAUCUACCGCAGUCAAAUACCCUUGAAAGCGCCUCGGCUACAGCAUAUUUGUUUGUCUGUAAGGGUACACUAGGGAUUUUUGAAUGGCGACACUACCUUCGCUGAAGAUAGUUUCGAAGCGCCACUGAACGGGCAUUUUACUGCUCUGUAAAGUAAUGCAGUUUUUUUAAACGGGACUAACGUCCAUCACUAGGCGACUAGGACUGUCAAUCAAAUAAUCUCGAGCUGCCUGUGUGCAGCCUGCCUGCGCACAAACCCACUCUCUCCUAAAAAAUUACUUUAAAGUUUGUUAAAUACCGUGACUUACUGAGACAUUUAAAGUUUGUUAAAUACCGUGACUUACUGAGACAUUUAGUAGAAAGAAAACACAUUUUCAUCUAGGAAUCGACUCCUAAAAUCCAGUAUCGUUGGAACGAAGGAGACUGAUUAGUUGGCAUAUUUCCGAGGACACAAACACUCGCAUCUUUCAUAACUAUUGUAGCUAGCGAGGGACGGAAAGAGAGGGGAGGGACACCGUAUAGGCAGGUCGGCUACCAGGCAGACUGAGUCAGAACCGUGCACUAGGCCUAUCUAUCGGCAAUCAAAGCUAUGGAAUGCUGUAUUUUGUAUUUUCUUGGCUUGUAAUGUCGCGCAACUUCAGUAAAGCAGGGCCUAUCAUCAAUGAAUAGGCUAGGAUAUUGUACACACAACAGACUGAAGACUGAACACACUCGCAUCAUUAGCGAAGAGAUAUUAGGCAAGCCAGCUGCACUGUGAUUACAUUUUUGUGAAAUAAAUAAAUAAAAAACGUUUCCCGUUAGGGUUUUUUCUUAACGUUAAGGAACCCAAUAUCGUUUAAACGUUCUCACCCCUACUAUAUGUCCAACUCUUGAUAUUUAAUCAAAUGGCCAACUCAAAAGUUUUGUUCACAAUCUCACUGGAUUAUUGAAGACCAAGUCCCACACUACCCAAACACUGAUUUUUAUAUAUAGCAGGGAUAUUCAACUCCCUACCAGGUCCGGAGCCUGCUAUUUUUUCUGUUCUACCUGAUAGUUAAUUGCACCCACCUUGUGUCCCAGAUCUAAAUCAGUGCCUGAUUAGUGUGGAACUUGCUUCGAGGUCCAGAGUUGAGUUUGAGGGAUAUAUAGUAUACUACUCUAUACUCCUAAACUAACAUCCUGUGCUGUAAACUUAUUUUAAACCCAACUCUCAUCCAGUCACGGUUCUUAACCCACCCACCCACUCAUACAGUCACUGCUGUAGCCCUCCUUGGGUUAAAGUCACCACUCUAAUCAUCACGCUCCCUUAUUCAGUCCCCUGUCUGAACACCUGCAGUGACUACACUCUAGUCUACCCCCUUCCCUUUUACUGUAAGGACAAUGUGUCAGGUUACCCUUGAAGGACCUUGUUUCGCUGUUCAAGCUUGGAAACAUGCCCCUGUUGUACACUGAAAACAGCACCAUAUUUUGGGGUGUGUGUGGUUGUUUCAACAGCCACACAACUAGUCAAUCCUACAUCUUUUAUUGUGAACGAAUACAACUCUUUGGGAGAAAAAUGAAGAAAUCUUAAGAUACUUUCUAGGAUGGUGAAGUCAUUGAAUGUAAUUGAAUCUAUCUUGUAUGGAAUAAACGGCAUGUGAUCACCUAUGCCUAACAGUCUUCUGAUGUAUUUAUUGUCCAUUUACAAUUGAGAUGUUUAAAUGCACUUCAAAUAGUUUGUUUUGAUUUGUGUCUUCCAGGUAGUCCUCCAGUCGCGGGACUACAAUGCCCUGACCAUGAGUGUCAUGGCGUUUGUAGCCAUGAUCUACCCCCUGGAGUACAUGUUCCCGGUCAUUCCCCUACUGCCCACCUGCAUGGCCUCCGCUGAACAGGUAUGCCAAUCAAACCAAUGACUGCAGUACUGGUAGUUGUAGUACUAUUAGGAUAACAAAUACAGGGCUUUUUAAAAGCUGGAACCAGAGGUUGUGGAUGGAUUUCUUUUAAAGGGAUGCACUUCUACACACUUAAAAAAAAUAAAUAUAUAUACAUAUUAAGGAAUUCCUGCACCCUAAUUGAUUGCCUUUGAAAGUUUCACUAUUUUUUAUUUGAUUAAUUUAGCAAAUGUUAUUGUCCAUUGUCAGGGCAUUUGUGAUUGUAGUUGUAGAAGAAGAGAUUAGUCCCUGUAUUAUGUUGGGAGUUUUACCUGGGAGUUGAAUCCAUGCCUAGUGAAGUUCUAGCUCCUCCUAUUGGAGCUGUUCUUGCUUGUGUGCUGGUUUGAUUUUGUCUGAUUGUGACAUCAUUCUCCUUUGUAGCUUCUCCUCGCCCCCACCCCUUACAUCAUAGGUGUGCCUGCCAGCUUCUUCCUCUACAAAUCAGAUUUCAAAAUGCCUGACGACGUGUGGCUCGUGGACCUGGACUGUAACAAGGUAAGUGCCCCAAAAUGGAGGUGCGCUUCAGCGUCCCUGCCACGGUCUCUGCAGAUCUAUGCUAUUCCGUCGCAGGUCUAUGCUAUUCCUUCGCAGGUCUAUGCUAUUCUUUCGCUGAUCUAUGCUAUUCCUUCGCAUAUCUAUGCUAUUCCUUCGCAGAUCUAUGCUAUUCCUCUGCAGAUCUAUGCUAUUCAUCUGCUGAUCAAUGCUGUUCCCUACUCCAUUUGAGUUCCAUACAGCAUUCUCUCUGAUUGGGAGACAUAGUCUAGACACUUGCUUGAGAUGUCUUUAUUUUCACUGCUAAAUCCCUUUUGGGGUUCAGUUCUCUCAUUGUGACAGAUAUUGUGUUAGGCUAGAUAUCGACUUUAUGCAGGAGGAAGAAACCUAGCUCUUGUCAUCCUCAUUUCAGACUUGUGCAGAAACUGACUUCAACAUAAAAGUCCUCCCACUCUAUGAGACAGAGAGAGCGUCAGUGUUUUCAGUGCUAAAACACCCACCCACAUCCCAGUCUGUCUUUCUAGGGGAAAACACCUUCCCUCUCAUCUAGCCUCCUGUAGCUCAGUUGGUAGAGCAUGGCGCUUGCAACGGCCAGGGUUGUGGGUUCGAUUCUCACGGGGGGCCAGUAUGAAAAAUGUAUGCACUUCACUAUCUGUAAGUCGCUCUGGAUAAGAGCGUCUGCUAAAUGACCAAAAAAAUAAUGGUGACUGAUGUAUGCUUUCAUCAUUUGAAGGGGUAUUUGUGUGCUCUAGUGAGUGUGAAGUGUACAAUUUUACAAUUUAAGCAUGCUUUGUUGCUCCACAGGUCAAAGCACCCACCAAUGCAGAGCACCUACCCCCUCUUCCCGAGCCAGAAUCCACAGAACUCAAGAAACACCUGAAACAGGUAAAUAUAGCCUGUCGCAACAUACCCGGUAGCACUAUUUUCAGUGGUUGUUCACUAAGCAUGUAUGUUAGCACUGCCAACAGUUAAACUCCGUUUAUUUCUACCUCUUGUAUUGCUUUAUUACAUAAACAAACCUGCAAUAUUACCGUAUGUGUUAUAUUAACUAUUUGUUUUCAAGUGAACACCUUCUAUCAGCUUUAGAUAUGUUUCAAGAGAGGUUUGAUGAAUUGCGCCAGGCACAUCAGUGUCCUUGUUCUCUUUCUGUGUUGUAUGUACUAACUAUGUAUAUAGUGUGGGAGCAUUGUUGAGUUAAGCAUUGUAAUGUACUAAUGAAAACAAGUAUUUUUUGUUUUGUUUUUUUUCUCUCUUUUCUUUGCAUGCGCUAGCUCUUGGAGGUAAAAGCAGAUACUAGGUCUUACUCCCUGGGACCUCAGUAACAGCUGUAGCAGUAGAACUAACCAAAUCCUCCAAGCCCAGAACCUCAAAUAACAAUACGUAGAUUAGAAGCUGGUUCUGAUUCAUAAACCUCUUUCUCAUGUUGUGAAAUGCCAAUCAAAGAUUCCGCUGUAGUACCACAUCACAGUUUACCACCUUGAAUUAUCAGUGAACAUCAAGUAACCCCCACCCACCAUCUUGACAUCAAGCUAUCAUUAGUACAUUUUGCCAUUAACUAUUCCUACCCAACAUUGUCAUCAUCUAAGUUUUUGAAUUUAUUUGAUUUUGAAAGUGCAUAUUAAGCACAAGAUGCUUUAUGAAGAAAAGUUAAAUGACAAGAACAACAAAACAUAUACAUCCACCACAUUUGAACAUUCUAGGCGUAAUUCAUCAUCAACAUUAAAAUGCAUCUCAACUCGUCACCAAAUCCUAACCCAGUAACCCCAAUUUGAAUCCCCAAUCAUACCUCAUCAUGUUGAAAAUCCCUGCAUAUCAUAGUUGUUGAUAUGCUUUGAAUCAGAACCAGUGCAGUAUUUGUGUGUGAUACACUUGGCCCUAUCCCAGAGUGUGCGUGCGAUUGAUUAAGAUAGACCUGUGUGUUGGCAGAGCCAAAACUCUGUUGUGGUAACAAGCCAUUUGAGUGAAAAGAUAUGGGUAAAGGUGAGUUUUCAUAGGUUCUAUUGUUUUUAAGGGUUAAAGAAGUCCUCAGCUCUCCAAAACAGUAACAAACAAGUGGUAGCUGGUAGGUCCUUGCAGUUCUGCACAGAGAAUGGGUUAGUAUACACUGAGUGUACAAAACAUUAGGUACACCUUCCUAAUAUUGAGUUGCACCCCCUUUUGCCCUCAGAACAGCCUCAAUUCAUCGGGGCAUGGACUCUACAAGGUGUCGAAAGCGUUCCGCAGGGAUGCUGGGCCAUGUUGACUCCAAUGCUUCCCACAGUUGUCAAGUUGGCUGGAUAUCUUUUGGGUGGUGGACCAUUCGUGAAAAACCCAGCAGCGUUGCAGUUCUUGACACACUCAAACCUGUGCGCCUGGCACCUACUACCAUACCCCGUUCAAAGGCACUUAAAUAUUUUAUCUUGCCCAUUUACCCUCUGAAUGGCACAUACAGUGAGGGGAAAAAAGUAUUUGAUCCCCUGCUGAUUUUGUACGUUUGCCCACUGACAAAGAAAUUAUCAGUCUAUAAUUUUAAUGGUAGGUUUAUUUGAACAGUGAGAGACAGAAUAACAACAAAACAAUCCAGAAAAACGCAUGUCAAAAAUGUUAUAAAUUGAUUUGCAUUUUAAUGAGGGAAAUAAGUAUUUGACCCCCUCUCAAUCAGAAAGAUUCCUGGCUCCCAGGUGUCUCUUAAAGGGAGUGCUCCUAAUCUCAGCUUGUUACCUGUAUAAAAGACACCUGUCCACAGAAGCAAUCAAUCAAUCAGAUUCCAAACUCUCCACCAUGGCCAAGACCAAAGAGGGACAAGAUUGUAGACUUACACAAGGCUGGAAUGGGCUACAAGACCAUCGCCAAGCAGCUUGGUGAGAAGGUGACAACAGUUGGUGCGAUUAUUCGCAAAUGGAAGAAACACAAAAGAACUGUCAAUCUCCCUCUGCCUGGGGCUCCAUGCAAGAUCUCACCUCGUGGAGUUGCAAUGAUCAUGAGAACGGUGAGGAAUCAGCCCAGAACUACACAGGAGGAUCUUGUCAAUGAUCUCAAUGCAGCUGGGACCAUAGUCACCAAGAAAACAAUUGGUAACACACUACGCUGUGAAGGACUGAAAUCCUGCAGCGCCCGCAAGGUCCCCCUGCUCAAGAAAGCACAUAUACAGGGCCGUCUGAAGUUUGCCAAUGAACAUCUGAAUGAUUCAUAGUAGAACUGGGUGAAAGUGUUGUGGUCAGAUGAGACCAAAAUCGAGCUCUUUGGCAUCAACUCAACUCGCCGUGUUUGGAGGAGGAGGAAUGCUGCCUAUGACCCCAAGAACACCAUCCCCACCGUCAAACAUGGAGGUGGAAACAUUAUGCUUUGGGGGUGUUUUUCUGCUAAGGGGACAACACAACUUCACCGCAUCAAAGGGACGAUGGACAGGGCCAUGUACCGUCAAAUCUUGGGUCGUGGAUGGGUAUUCCAGCAUGACAAUGACCCAAAACACACGGCCAAUGCAACAAAGGAGUGGCUCAAGAAGAAGCACAUUAAGGUCCUGGAGUGGCCUAGCCAGUCUCCAGACCUUAAUCCCAUAGAAAAUCUGUGGAGGGAGCUGAAGGUUCGAGUUGCCAAGCGUCAGCCUCAAAACCUUAAUGACUUUGAGAAGAUCUGCAAAGAGGAGUGGAACAAAAUCCCUCCUGAGAUGUGUGCAAACCUGGUGGCCAACUACAAGAAACGUCUAACCUCUGUGAUUGCCAACAAGGGUUUUGCCACCAAGUACUGUCAUGUUUUGCAGAGGGGUCAAAUACUUAUUUCCCUCAUUAAAAUGCAAAUCAAUUUAUAACAUUUUUGACAUGCAUUUUUCUGGAUUUUGUUGUUGUUAUUCUGUCUCUCACUGUUCAAAUAAACCUACCAUUAAAAUUAUAGACUGAUCAUUUCUUUGUCAGUGGGCAAACGUACAAAAUCAGCAGGGGAUCAAAUACUUAUUUUCCUCACUGUACACAAUCCAUGUCUCAAUUGUCUCAAUGCUUAAAGAUCCUUCUUUAACCUGUCUCCUCCCCUUCAUCUACACUGAUUUGAAGUGGAUUUAACAAGUGACAUCAAUAAGGGAUCAUAGUUUUCACCUGGAUUCACCUGGCCAGUCAUGGAAAGAGCAGGUGUUUGUAAUGUUUUGUACACUCAGUGUAUGUCAGCAUCUAACAGGUUAAGAGAUGGGAGAAUUUGAGUUGGGGGGUGUACGGACAGUGUAAACAAAAAGCCAAAAGUAUUUUUCGUUAUUGUCAAGAGAUCUGCUCCCUUCUGUGUCUCAGUAUCACCUCUCCAUCGUAGCCACUGGUUAUCCUCCCAGUUGGUAACCAUCGAUCGUCUCUUCAGUGGCUAACUUGUGUUGGGUGUGGUGUGGUGCAUUACUGUUCCUUUUUGUGUGUUGUUUUGUGUGUGUUUGUGUGUCUCUCUCUCUCACUUGUCUCUGUCAUGGUUUGAUCUCUGUAAAUGUGUUUGUUUUUCUUCCUCUCUUGCACCUCCUCUUCUCUCUCGUCCUCUCUACUUCAUUCUCUCUCUCUCUCUCUCUCUCUCUCUCUCUCUCUCCAUCUCUCUCUCGUUCUCUGGCUAUGUCCCAAUUCUCUGAAAACUGCACCUUUCACUUAGCUGAAAGGGCUGUAUGUGAAAGCAACAUGGAGGCAUCUCCAUCUCCCCACUAGCCCACUUAUUGGCUAGUCAAGGUUCCCACGUUGCUUUCAAGCAUCCUGUCCUUUCAGCAGUUUAGUAGUCAGGAUUGAGAGGAGAUUAGGAAAGGAAUCCAUUUCAAGGGAAUUGGACACACAGACUCCUAUCUUGACCCUUUUUGUCAUGUGUGGUUUCAAUUCUGCUCAGCAAUUGGUCAGCUCAGCCUUUUCAUGUGAUCCUCUUCCUGGCAUCUCUCUUGUCCUCCUCCCCUUCCCUAGUGUCUGGUUAGGUUGACCGUGAUCACCCAAAAGCAGAUCUUCUCCUCUGACAAUAAGGUUUCCUAAUUUCUCCUUCUGCGGAAUGUGCCAUGCUCCUUGCACGGAUAUUCUUCCUCACCAAACCUAAAUAUUUUUGUUGUUGUUGCUUGUUAUUUUUUCAGUUUUCUCAAGUGUCAUACACUAUUGUUGAGAAGUUGUAACAGACUGGCGGCAUAGAGUGAGAUUUUUUGCAGACCCACCACUGGCUGCUUAGUUCUGGCUUGAGCAUGCCUGAAUGAAUGCACAUCUAUCUUGUCAUCAGUGAGUGUUCUUGUAAUUAAACACAGUGGAUAUGGAGAUUUUUGCUGACUGACCUGGCCAUCAAACGAUCCACUGUGCUAACAUUGUGCAAAACCCUGAAUGAGUCAGCAGUAAUCCCAGAGUGCUAGUGAAUUCCCUCUGCUGUUACUUCUUCCCUCAACCUCUCCCAAAUGACAACUCCCAUUUCAGGCAUCUGCAAAAACAUGCACUCCUCUGAUUAAUUUGCUGGGAAACAGGCUUCCUCAUUUUGUCCCACACGCUCACCUGUCAGCUAAUAACAUAAUCACAUUGUGAGUCCUCCUAGCUUAGUCCUUGUGUUUUAUUAAUUAUUUAUUCUCACAUGAGAACUUAUAUCAUACAGACAAAAAAUAUAGGGUUAACCAAAAAGAAUAAAUGAUAAUAGUUGACUCAUUGUUAUCCAAUGUUGAGGUCUCCGAACCCCUGUACUAUACUAUCUUGCACCAUUUUGAACCCCAAACAGACAGUUCCACACUGGUACUAGUGAGACCAUUCUGUUGCACUACCCUUCAGCUGAUGCCUGAGGUGAGAGUGCCCCCUAGUGGGGCCGAGUGACCCCUCAUCUCAUCUCCACGACAGUGUGUUGAUUAAAACCUUCGUCACCUCUACCUGCUCCAGGCCCUGGCCAGCAUGAGUCUCAACACCCAGCCCAUUCUGAACCUGGAGAAGUUCCAGGAGGGCCAGGAGUUACCCCUGCUCCCCCCCGGCCAGAACAAGGCGUCGCCCUCCUCCACCGAGUUCAACCCCCUCAUCUACGGCAACGACGUGGACUCUGUGGAUGUGGCCACCAGGCAAGGCUUGACAAAGUUUCUCUGUCCCUUUUUAAGUAGAUCUCAUAUUAUCCAUGCAAGGCAAUUUGUGAGGUUGGUUACAUUUUUUAACUUUGAGCCUAGCAGAAUAAUCCAGUCAGGACCUAUACACUCCUUCCAUUUGAUUUUUAGUCUGUGAAUAUUUUAGAUAUUUUAUAGAUAUGAAGGGCUAUUUACAUAUGCACAAUUUAUGGAUUGACCCCCGUUUCCCACUUGAAGUUCCUAAAAUCUGAAUUGAAUAUGACUCAACAAAGUCAUAAUGUCAUGUGAAACUAUGUUUCAUUUGAGCCUCAUAUCAAAUACAAAUGUAUCUCGUAUGUACAUCUGAUAAACAAGAAAGCUUUUUGAAUUUAAUUAAAUAUUACUAAUUGAAGCGUUAACACACUCACCUUCCCUUCUUUCUCCAACAGGGUUGCCAUGGUCCGGUUCUUCAACUCCCCCAACGUGCUCCAGGGUUUCCAGAUGCACACACGCACGCUGCGCCUCUUCCCCCGGCCUGUGGUGGCAUUUCAGGCCACGUCCUUCCUGGCCUCGCGGCCCCGCCGCUCAGGCUUCGCUGAGAAGCUGUCGCACACCCAGGCCGUGGAGUACUAUGGCGAGUGGGCCCUCAACCCCACCAACCUGGCCUUUCAGAGGAUCCACAACAGUAAGUCCCUUACCCUAGACUGACAAUUGGUGUAUUUCUGUUUAGACCCGAACCAUACUGUGCUAGCUUGGAUAUUUAUAGGGUGAAGUAAAGUGUAGCCCUUUACACUCGUACCUGUAUACGGGUUGAAAAUGGCAGAUUUGUGCACUAAUUGUCUAAAUUGGAACGUAGUGGCUGUACAGUAACAUGCUGUACAUGACGUUAAAGCUCUGGCUCUGCACUUCACAGCACUGUAUGGGUUUUGACUGACAGACGUUCUGAACUUGAGCACCAUGCGACUAGAAGUUGCCCCCAUCCCUCCUGGUAAUUAGGCAACUUUAGCACAUUUUUGGUUGUCUGACGGAAAUGCUGUAAAUUAAGAUCACUCAAUGUAUUUUGAAAGAUGUGACGUUGAGGAUUAUAAUAAAUACCGCUUUGAUGUCAUAAAAGCAAGUCCAAAUGUGUACUUCACAUUUCUAAAUCAUAAAACUCAUAUAGGGUGUCAAUGUUUAUGGUCACUGUUUGAUGUACAGUUACAAGAUAACAUGGCGUCAUACCCUGGGUUGUUCUGAUCAGAAUGAGCAUAUGUUUGUUUAUUGUGAAGAAAAUUUGCCGCAGGACACGCAGCUGAAUGCACUAAUGCCUCCUUUCUAUGCCCACCAAAAUUAUGAUCUGUUUCUCGGAAUUGACUUGUGAAAGCCUAACACUGUAAGAUUUGUAUUUUAUAACUUAACUAGUCAUGUUGGCAAUAGAACCAGCUUUCAAAUCAUGCCCAUCUGACCCAGAUUGCGAUUUAUAAUGGACCGUUUUUGGAUUGCGUAAACAGCAACAGUAAUUGUGUAAUUGCAGGGUUGUGUUCCAAGCAAAACGACUACAAGUGUUGUUGCUACAGUUCCUCAACGGCACAGCAGGAGAGCUCAAAAGUACCUUUAUAGUUGAAGACUCUUCUUUUGAGUCAUAAAAGUGCAUUGAAAUUGCUUAGGAACUGUGCAAACUUUAGAAAGGUGUCCUCUCACUCAAACCCAUGUCAUUUUUUGUGUUAUGUUGCACCCACCCCACAUUUUCCAGGAAUAGUCUUAUCAUGUUAUUGAAUGUAUCCAGAGUAUUUACAAAUGCGGCAAAAGUACAGUAAAUGUAAAAUGCACAUGAAAUCAACAGUGUAGUGUUUGGAUUCAGUCUUGUGUCAGGUGAACUGUUGUGUAAUCACCUUUGGUCUAAUAAUCUUCCAAUUAUCUCCAAACUGUUCUCUUUCAAUUGCUACCAUUGUUACGUAUAUGCUUUUCCAUUUCUUCUGUGAGAAACAUUUCAAUUUAUCCCUAUCCAUAUAGGCCAUUUUCCACGUGUGUAAAGGGAUAAGUAAAAAGUGAUUUAUGCUAUCAAUUAAUGCACUUUCUUUAGGUCAAAUGUGAAUAUACACUCAGUGUACAAAACAUUAGGAACACCUUCCUAAUAUUGAGUUGCACCCCCUUUUGCCCUCAGAACAGCCUCAAUUCGUCGGGGCAUGGACUCUACAAGGUAUUCAAAGCGUUCCACAGGGAUGCUGGCCCAUGUUGAUUCAAAUGCUUCCCCACAGUUGGCUGGAUGUCCUUUGGGUGGUGGACCAUUCUUGAUACACACAGCAAACUAUUGAGUGUGGAAAACCCAGCAGCGUUGCAGUUCUUGACACAAACCGGUGUGCCUGGCACCUACUACCAUACCCCGUUCAAAGGCACUUAAAUAUUUUGUCUUGCCCAUUCACUCUCUGAAUGGCACACAUACACAAUCCAUGUCUCAAUUGUCUCAAGGCUUAAAAAUCCUUCUUUAACCUAUAUCCUUCCCUUCAUCUACACUGACUUGAAGUGGAUUUAACAGGUGACAUCAAUAAGGGAUCAUAGCUUUCACCUGGAUUCAACUGGUCAGCCUGUCAUGGAAAGAACAGGUGUUCCUAAUGUUUUGUGCACGCUGGUAUAUUUCUAUGAGCGAUACAGGCAGUUUGAAGGUUUUGUUGUGUUUCUGAGCGUACCUCUGUGUUCUGCAGACGUGUAUGACCCAUCUUUGAUCGGAGACAAGGGCAAGUGGUACGCCCACCAGCUGCAGCCAGUGUUCUACCGCGUGUAUGACGGCAGCUCCCAGCUGGCCGAGGCUAUGAGCGGACCCCUAGAGGAUGAGGCCAACGACUCGGACCCCACAGACGACAGGUAAAAAACACAGACCCCUUCCACAGUUGGAAGGUAUAACGGUUCUUUGAUACUACUGCUAUAACAUAAUUGGCAAAAUGUUAAGUUAAAGAUUUUUUUCAGUGCCAGGUACUGUCAAAGGUCUAAAAGCACUUUUGCAAUGUUGAAAACAUGUUAGUGCGCCAUUUAGCUGCAUAUAAAAACUAGAUCUGAAGGGAGGUCCUUUCCAGUGUCUGAUCUGUGAGUUCUCUGUGUAUGUGUGCAUCAUGUGUGUUUGUGUGUGUGCAAGUGCGGCCGACGGAGACAUUGCAGCAGAAGCAGCAGCAUGGUAGGCUAUAGAAUGUAGAUAGACAACACAUUAGCCACUAGAUGGCGAACUCUAAACAUUAACUAGUAGAUUUGCUAGUUAGCUCAAUAGUUAGCUUGCUAGUCUUGCUAGAAAUGAUGUAUCAGUUGAGGUUAAUUUGAGUCUGAGAUAAAGGUUUACUUAGCUUUUUUCAGUUAGCCUUCUGUAGACGUGUAAGGUGUCACCAAGAUGGCGUCCGGGGUAAUGCCACUCUGUUUUGUCUCUGUGGCAGUGACAGCGAGGCUGGCUACGAUGACUCCAGCUCAUCCUACUCGUCACUUGGAGACUUGGUGAGCGAAAUGAUCAAAUGUGACAUCCAAGGGGACACGCCAAGUAAGUAUCUGUGCCAUUUCACCAGGGCUGCAUUUACACAGGAAACCAAUUCUAAUAUGUUGCCCAGUUAUUGGCAAAAGAGCUGAUUUGAUUGGUCAAAAGACCAAUUUGCAAAAAAAACACACAAAAAAACUUGGGCUGCCUGUGUAAUUGCAACCCAAGAACGACCCAGCUUACACAUACUUAUUGUUAUGACAAAAAACUGUCAGUUCCCCCGUAUUAUAAUAACUGACAAUUGUUUAUCUUGUCAAAUGGUAACCAAAAAAUGACCAAUUCCUUUCAGAAACAGCCACUAGCUAAACAUUUUGUUUUGUGACCCUUUGGUCAUCAAUACCAACUAAUAUCUGUCUUCUGGUGUUGUAGACCUGGAUCCCCCUACCCACGCUGCACUGGGAGACGCCAGCGAGGUGGAGUUCCAGGACUUCCAGGAGUUCAAGGGAGGAGAGGGUCCCCUCCCCGAAGAGAAGGCACUGCCCGAGGGGGGCGACGGAGCUCCUGAACCUCUUGAUGGACAAGCCCUCCGCUCGAGCUCCAGCACAACCGCCAGCUCCAGCCCAAGCACAAUCAUCCAGGGAGUCAACAAUGUCAGUGAACUGCUCAUUUUACACGAGUAUAAAAUUAUGCAGUUAACACAAGUUAGCAACUGACAUUUUUGGCAACUGACGUUUGAAUUUGUUCAUAACUCUUAACCAUGAGAACAUAAUGGCAAUAAUUAUAUAUUUGCUUGAGAUUUUCCUUUCUUCUUCCUCCUCAUAAAGUGGCAAUCUUGUGUAUUUAGUAUCAACCAUUAGUGACCACUGAUUGAUGUUAAUUGUGUCCAGGAGCAGGCAGAACCAGUGGAAAUGGAGGCGUUGGCCAGUGCAGCUCUACAGAACUCUGUCCCGGGAUUGGGUGCGCCGCCCUUCUCCAGACUUCCCCCAGACGCCGACCCGGUGGGACAAGCCAAUAAGAAGGGCGAGUACGACAACCCCUACUUUGAGCCUCAGUAUGGCUUCCCUGCUGAGGAGGACACUGAGGCAGAAGACCAAGAGGAGACGUACACGCCCCGGUUCAACCAGAACCUCAAUGGCAAGAAGUAUGUUACAACACACCUACGCCAUAACAUUGUACACACAAACAAGCAUCAUAAACCACACAUUCUGAAAACGUCGUACAAAAAAAAGUGAUGUAUACAGUGAGGGAAAAAAGUAUUUGAUCCCCUGCUGAUUUUGUACGUUUGGCCACUGACAAAGAAAUGAUCAGUCUAUAAUUUUAAUGGUAGGUUUAUUUGAACAAUGAGAGACAGAAUAACAACAACAAAAUCCAGAAAAACGCAUGUCAAAAAUUUUAUAAAUUGAUUUGCAUUUUAAUGAGGGAAAUAAGUAUUUGACCCCCUCUCAUUCAGAAAGAUUUCUGGCUCCCAGGUCUUUUAUACAGGUAACGAGCUGAGAUUAGGAGCACACUCUUAAAGGGAGUGCUCCUAAUCUCAGUUUGUUACCUGUAUAAAAGACACCUGUCCACAGAAGCAAUCAAUCAAUCAGAUUCCAAACUCUCCACCAUGGCCAAGACCAAAGAGCUCUCCAAGGAUGUCAGGGACAAGAUUGUAGACCUACACAAGGCUGGAAUGGGCUACAAGACCAUCGCCAAGCAGCUUGGUGAGAAGGUGACAACAGUUGGUGCGAUUAUUCGCAAAUGGAAGAAACACAAAAGACUGUCAAUCUCCCUCGGCCUGGGGCUCCAUACAAGAUCUCACCUUGUGGAGUUGCAAUGAUCAUGAGAACGGUGAGGAAUCAGCCCAGAACUACACAGGAGGAUCUUGUCAAUGAUCUCAAGGCAGCUGGGAACAUAGUCACCAAGAAAACAAUUGGUAACACACUACGCCGUGAAGGACUGAAAUCCUGCAGCGCCCGCAAGGUCCCCCUGCUCAAGAAAGCACAUAUACAGGCCCGUCUGAAGUUUGCCAAUGAACAUCUGAAUGAUUCAGAGGAGAACUGGGUGAAAGUGUUGUGGUCAGAUGAGACCAAAAUCAAGCUCUUUGGCAUCAACUCAACUCGCCGUGUUGCCUAUGACCCCAAGAACACCAUCCCCACCGUCAAACAUGGAGGUGGAAACAUUAUGCUUUGGGGGUGUUUUUCUGCUAAGGGGACAGGACAACUUCAUGGCGUCAAAGGGACGAUGGACGGGGCCAUGUACCAUCAAAGCUUGGGUGAGAACCUCCUUCCCUCAGCCAGGGCAUUGAAAAUGGGUCAUGGAUGGGUAUUCCAGCAUGACAAUGACCCAAAACACAUGGCCAAGGCAACAAAGGAGUGGCUCAAGAAGAAGCACAUUAAGGUCCUGGAGUGGCCUAGCCAGUCUCCAGACCUUAAUCCCAUAGAAAAUCUGUGGAGGGAUCUGAAGGUUCGAGUUGCCAAACGUCAGCCUCGAAACCUUAAUGACUUGGAGAAGAUCUGCAAAGAGGAGUGGGACAAACUCCCUCCUGAGAUGUAUGCAAACCUGGUGGCCAACUACAAGAAACGUCUGACCUCUGUGAUUGCCAACAAGGGUUUUGCCACCAAGUACUACGUCAUGUUUUGCAGAGGGGUCAAAUACUUAUUUCCCUCAUUAAAAUGCAAAUCAAUUUAUAACAUUUUUGAUAUGCGUUUUUCUAGAUUUUUUUGUUGUUAUUCUGUCUCUCACUGUUCAAAUAAACCUACCAUAAAAAUUAUAGACUGAUCAUGUCUUUGUCAGUGGGCAAACGUACAAAUUCAGCAGGGGAUCAAAUACUUUUUUCCCUCACUGUACAUCUCUUAAACAUACACACCCAAUUAAGUCUCUCAGCUUCUGAAUUCUGCAUCUGUGAUAUGCCUCUGGUGUAGCAGUCAGAAAACUACGCUAACAGAACGUGACACUCCCCCAGACCUCUAACACCUUUUCUGCUCCACAGAGCCCAACGCCCCCUGAGGCCCAGCAGCCUAAAGCUGCCUGGAGAGUCGGACGGAGAGGGCGACUCCCGCAACAGUUCUCCAAUCUCCAACAACAGCAGCGAUGGCUUUGGGGGCCUCAUGUCCUUUGCUAGUGAGUCUCCUCAACCAGGGUCUAUUUCAGUUGUAUGAUAAUCACAGAUCUGAAAGGGCUGGAUAGGUGACAGUUACACCUUGUCCUCCAAAGCUGAGCUUUUUUGCCCUUCUGUUCAUCUAUCCUGUCCUACGAGAUCUUUGAACACUGAAGGGGGAAUGUGAAAGGGUUACCCAGCAGGCAAUACUAGUUGCUGGUCUUCUCAAUCAGGAAGACAACCAGAAAUGUACAGUUUACAAACAGAAAUUGACAAUAUUUGCCAGCUAUGUACAGAUUGAAAUGGAACUUGACGUUGGGCUGCAAAUCAUCAUGGGUAUACUAUAGGAUGGUCAAAUGUUGGUUUCUUUGCGAGACUUCAUCAGUCAUCAGCGACUCUCUCACAAUCACUGCAGGCAAUCUGUACAAGAACCACGGCACCAGCUUCAGCCUCUCCAACCUGUCUGUACCCAACAAGGGUGGCCUGAGGGAGAAGGCCGCUGGGACUGGGCCCUUCCCCAAUCUCAAAGGUACAGUACUAAUGCAGCCCUUUGCCCUGUUUUGGUCCACCUUUCACGUUAUCUUCACUCAUCCUUCAUUUCUCUUUUUUUUCUCUGACCUUUAUCCAUCUCAUCUCCUUCUCCAUUUCACUCACUGUGGCUGUAUUCCAAUUUUUGUGCCCUACAGCAGAUUGCAGUCAGGUUUGUCAGUUGAAGGCAGUAGAGGCAGGCUGUCUACUAAAACAAUGCCCUUUCAAAGUACAAAGGGUUGUCAUACAGCUCUUGCAGUGGUUAUAAAGUAUAAGUGUUUUUGUUUUGUCAUGGGCAUAAAAAAUUAUAAUAUUUCGCGUGCAAAAAUCACCAGAGUGCAAAUUUCUACAAUGUUUUAUACACCGUAUCAUGACUAUGCUAUUUAUCUUGAUAAGACACAUUGAGUAUAAGCUAUUCCCAUGUGAAGUCAUCUUAAUCAUUUAAAGUAACUGUCCAGUGUUUGCAGAUUUAUUUUAAAUAUGACCUAUAAUUAAUUACAAUAUGAGUGAAAUAGCUUUAAUUCCAUUUAUUUUUAAAAAAAAAUAAGUAUGUUCAAAAGCAGCUUUUCUAUGUUUGAAUUAUGUGGGCAUACCCCAACAACAGAAUGGUGUCGGUGUAUACCAGUCAUUAAAACCGCUUUAGACUGCUGAUUGGCCAGCUCAGCCAAUGAGCCAACAUGUCAUGUUCUAUGAGGAAAUAGCAAGCAUUAUUUGAAACGGCAAGCAUUUAUGAAAAUGUUUGACUUUGAGGUGGGGUUUUUGAAGUGUUUUUUUCUCCAAUUUAUGCUUUGUUAGCAACAUUAUUUGGGUAUGAGUUAACAGACUAUUUACUUUUAAAAGUAAGAUUUUCACUGGACAGUUAGGCCUACUUUAACCUGAUGUGGAGAAGGAAGGAGAGUAGAUGACAUAAUGAUGUGUAACUCUGACUGACAUGUUGAACUUCUUUAACGUCAGCAUAUUUCUUCCUCAGAGGCUGUUGCUUUGUUUGCACUAAGUAGAGUAGCCAGGAGUAGUAUUGACGGUAUGUCAUGCUGAAAUGUCUGGCAAGCCAGUUUAGGCUACACAGUGUAGCAUUUAUUCAACUUUAUAUUGUAUAUUUUUACCUUCUUUCCUUUUGCCUUUUCCCCUCUUAAUUAUUUUAUUUUACAAAAAUAUAGAAUAUUUUAAUUUUGACGUAGAGGAGGAAAUUGAGGAAGGUUUGUAGAAUUCUUUAUUUUUAUAAUAUUUUUAAUUUUUUUAGAAUGAAUAGACUUUCAUUCUAAAUGUUGUAUUUGUCCCCCUCUGGACUGCCAUGUUGAUGUAUGGCAUUAGGUGGAUAUUGAGGACCUGACAAAAGUUAGCAUUUUCUCUCAAGUACCCUGUUUUCAAUGUUCCCAAUCCCACAUGGUUGCCUGGAUGUUAUGGGAACAUUUGUGAGAGAAAAUAAGAAAUGCAUGUGUUAAACUCAAUAGCCCCACGCUGUUUGGGACAGCUGCCAUAGCAAACCAACGUUUGUUUCUUUUUUCCUUUGAUGAUGAUUUGUUUUGUCUUGACUGUUCAGAUGACAGCCCGGCUAGUCCGGGUAGCCCGGGUCCAGACAGUCCGGGUAUGUUAUUGUCUGGUGUGGUAGUUUGUUUUACCCUACAACUAGCUCCAUCUUUGACUCUUAUUCGACCCUACCUAUCUGAGUCCAUAUUACUCAGGUUGCAUACUAGGAGAUAUAUCUGUAUUUUCAUUCAUGUAUAUCCAUAUCCUUCCCUUUGUUUCCUUGUUAUUCUGCUCUGUUUGGUGGGAGUCUGAUGCGCUAUGAUGCACACAUUUAUAGACGACAGAUCUCUUAAUUUGCAUACAUAUUAUCCCCUUUUUAUGUGGCAUUUUCACAGGAAUUUUGUGUUUUUCCUCAUGGUUUCCCGGCAGAGUUGGGGUCAAGUCCGUUUUCAAUUCCACUCAAUAUUUGAGGAUGAAUUGACUUUCAGUUCCUGAAUGGCAAAUUACCUAUCACUUUCUAUGAGGAUUUUUCAUUUUAUCGAUUGAAGUACAAUUGAUUACCCAAGUGAACUGGAAUUUAAAUGAAACUGACAUGACACCUGAUCUCCUUGCUCUGUGCAGUCUGUUGCCUUGCUUGCUCGCUUGUUCGGUGGCUCUCCAUCGUUUUUGUGUGUUCUCCGGCUGAGGUCUCUGUGGUCAGAGGGCCCAUAAACUUGUGCUCUUCUGGACAUAGACACUUAAAAUUGGCAAAUGCUUUCUCCCACCCCUAGAUGGUAUUAAAAUAUAUUGGGAUCCUAACAAAAGUAGCCUAAAUCACCACAUGUAAGAUUGGUCAUGACAUUUCAUGGCUAUAACCUUUUUGAGGUUAAGUCACAACAAAAAUGUGCUGACCCCUUCCUUGGUCUGUCUCCCUCACUCUUUCCUUUUCUCCCACUCUCUAUUUUCUGCUCUCUUUGUGCACUCGGUCAGUGUGUUGCUGUGCAUGUGUGUUGUGGGUUGAUGUUCAGACUGGUUCGGUCUGGGCCGGUGUCCCUCUCUGUCCCUCUUUCCACUUCUCUGCACUAAUUCUGGGUUUUGUGUCCAGUAUUUGGACUAAAUUCUCUAAUGGAGAUAAUUACAGAGGCCGGCCCGGGGAGCGGAGAAGGUGGGUUCCGCCCUUUUAAACUGUGUGGGCUGCAUGCUUCUCCUAGCCAGUCAACUACAUCUCCCAGGAUCCUCCUCGCUCACCCUCCUCUGUCACCUGACAUGCACCAUCGAGAGAUCAUUCAUCGUCAUACAUCGAGUCUGUCCUGUUGUCUUUCACCAUCCCACCACAGUGACUGUUGCCCCAUUCACUAACCUUUGCAGAGUCACUCCACCCAUCCACACAUCUUUGUAUUAGUUUGGGUUGGGCCCUCACAAGCUUAGCUUGUUAGAAGCUGUGCAACCCAUAUUAACAAUUGCCAAGGUGAUGCCAUUCAUUUUUUUUGGUGCGAACCUAAGUCUCUGCAUUCCACAGUAUUGUAUGGGACCUGACAAGAUGUUGAUUCGAGUUGGUCAACAUCAGCUUUCCCAUUAUUGUCCAAGCCAAGCAAGAAGCUAUAUUUGCUUGUUUGGCCACCUCUUUGGUCUCACACAUACACACCUAGACCUCCCAUCACCUUGCCAGUGGAGGCAUGCCUUAGCCAAUCAAAACUGCUACCCUGUAGGUAAGGCAUGACAUCAUUCUUCCAGUGCUGUGAGUUAGAGUUUUAAACACUGUUUCAUUGAUAAUUGAAUUAAGGAGAGCAGUCUCGCAGCACCAAGAGUGCUGUUCUGUCUUAAUUCCUAAACUCAUAGUCACCGGUUUUGAUUGGAGUUGUCAUUGGACACUUAGUUGGCUUUGUGGUUACUGAGCAUAUGUACCAGUACCACAGUGAUCGAAUGGAAUGGGAAUUAUUUGAAGUGCUGUGAUGCAUGUUGUACAACUAAUGGAUGAUAUUUUGGAAAAUGUGGGGUAAAAUGGCAUCGUUGUCAGGUGAGGUCUUUGGUAACAUGCGGUCAUAGAGCCUACGCAAUGCCAUGACAAAAUCGGAUAUACCGGUAACAGCCGAUGUUGUUUAUGACAAGGACCCAAUACAUUUUUGGUGGAUGUAUUUAUUUGUAUCCUCACUUUCAAGACAUUACCUUUAGCCUAAAUGUUCAAAGUGUCAAACAGGCUACCCACUGGGCAAAAACUGGUUGAAUCAACAUUGUUUCCACGUCAUUAAAAGGUGUGAUGUGGAAAACUGAUUGGAUUUGCAAAAAGUCAUCAACGUAAGGGAAUCUAAAUGUUCUGUUGAUUUCACGUUUUAAUUCACGUUAGUUGACAACUAAACCAAAUGUAAAUCAAAAAUAGAUGUUGAACUGAGAGGUCUGCCCAGUGGGUAAGCUAUGUAGGCGCAACAAUAUUAUAAUCAGUUUGAUAAUAAUAUUGUUCACAGGCCCAAACCCUGCAAGUGAUCCACCACACUUUUGUAUUCCAUUGCACUGUGUGUUCAUGAGUGUCUGUCUAACUGUACAAGGUGACUAACAGUAUGAACACUACAGUGUGUAUCUUUCCGUUAGCCGUGUGUGUGUGUGUGAUUGUCGACCCAUCUUAAUUUUUCGUUCUUUUUCUGCAUGACACAUAACUUGUCUGUCUUGUUGCCAUGCAGAUCCCGCUCCAAUCUGACCUCACCUCUGUUCUCUGCUAAUGUGUGAUGCCAAAAACACAGUGCCAUGUUGACUCCUUCUGUGUGACGUCCCAUUUGAUCUGUCCCUCACCUUUAGUGUCUGAAUAUGAAACCUGUAGCUCGGCUAGUCAUUAGCUAGUGUCCCUGCCACCGAAAAUUGAUGUGUGUGUGUGUCUUUUUAUGUAUGCAGGAUGUGUCCCAUCUUCUUUGUCUAUUAGUCUUUGAUGUGGUUAUCUAAUUAGUACAUCGUAGACUAUGUGAUUUGGGGGCUUUGUAGUGAAAUGUAUAAGCACCUCCUUUAUCAAGUCAACUGGUAUUUCUGUUUGUAUGUCUCUGACUUGUCGUUGGUUAUGGUUUUCUGUGUUUCCAUGGUAUUUACUGUGGAGACCUCACUGUUUUAUAUGGCUCCUGCAGGAGGAGCCCGCGGUCCCCCCAGGGCCCUCGUUGACCAGAAGUCGUCAGUCAUUAAGCACAGUCCCACGGUCAAGAGAGAGUCCCCCUCGCCCCAGGGUCGUGCCAACAACACCAGGUAACAGACCCCUAUGAGACUGUAUUACCAGGACAUUGCUGUCAUGGCAUUCUUUGACAACGCACGCUGACUGACAUAUUUGAAUUAGUUUACCACCUUCAUGGCAUAAUGUCUUCAUGGUAUAAUGUUGGCCAUCAAAAACAAAAGCUGGUUGUCAUAAACUUUCUUGCCAAUACAGUGGGGAAAAAAAGUAUUUAGUCAGCCACCAAUUGUGCAAGUUCUCCCACUUAAAAAGCUGAGAGAGGCCUGUCAUUUUCAUCAUAGGUACACGUCAACUAUGACAGACAAAAUGAGAUUUUUUUUCUCCAGAAAAUCACAUUGUAGGAUUUUUUAUGAAUUUAUUUGCAAAUUAUGGUGGAAAAUAAGUAUUUGGUCAAGAACAAAAGUUUCUCAAUACUUUGUUAUAUACCCUUUGUUGGCAAUGACACAGGUCAAACGUUUACUGUAAGUCUUCACAAGGUUUUCACACACUGUUGCUGGUAUUUUGGCCCAUUCCUCCAUGCAGAUCUCCUCUAGAGCAGUGAUGUUUUGGGGCUGUCGCUGGGCAACACGGACUUUCAACUCCCUCCAAAGAUUUUCUAUGGGGUUGAGAUCUGGAGACUGGCUAGGCCACUCCAGGACCUUGAAAUGCUUCUUACGAAGCCACUCCUUCGUUGCCCGGGCGGUGUGUUUGGGAUCAUUGUCAUGCUGAAAGACCCAGCCACGUUUCAUCUUCAAUGCCCUUGUUGAUGGAAGGAGGUUUUCACUCAAAAUCUCACGAUACAUGGCCCCAUUCAUUCUUUCCUUUACACGGAUCAGUCGUCCUGGUCCCUUUGCAGAAAAACAGCCCCAAAGCAUGAUGUUUCCACCCCCAUGCUUCACAGUAGGUAUGGUGUUUUUUGGAUGCAACUCAGCAUUCUUUGUCCUCCAAACACGACGAGUUGAGUUUUUACCAAAAAGUUAUAUUUUGGUUUCAUCUGACCAUAUGACAUUCUCCCAAUCCUCUUCUGGAUCAUCCAAAUGCACUCUAGCAAACUUCAGACGGGCAUGGACAUGUUCUGGCUUAAGAAGGGGGACACGUCUGGCAGUGCAGGAUUUGAGUCCCUGGCGGCGUAGUGUGUUACUGAUGGUAGGCUUUGUUACUUUGGUCCCAGCUCUCUGCAGGUCAUUCACUAGGUCCCCCCGUGUGGUUCUGGGAUUUUUGCUCACCGUUCUUGUGAUCAUUUUGACCCCACGGGGUGAGAUCUUACGUGGAGCCCCAGAUCGAGGGAGAUUAUCAGUGGUCUUGUAUAUCUUCCAUUUCCUAAUAAUUGCUCCCACAGUUGAUUUCUUCAAACCAAGCUGCUUACCUAUUGCAGAUUCAGUCUUCCCAGCCUGGUGCAGGUCUACAAUUUUGUUUCUGGUGUCCUUUGACAGCUCUUUGGUCUUGGCCAUAGUGGAGUUUGGAGUGUGACUGUUUGAGGUUGUGGACAGGUGUCUUUUAUACUGAUAACAAGUUCAAACAGGUGCCAUUAAUACAGGUAACGAGUGGAGGACAGAGGAGCCUCUUAAAGAAUAAGUUACAGGUAUGUGAGAGCCAGAAAUCUUGCUUGUUUGUAGGUGACCAAAUACUUAUUUUCCACCAUAAUUUGCAAAUAGAUUCAUAAAAAAUCCUACAAUGUGAUUUUCUGGGAAAAAAAAUCUCAAUUUGUCUGUCAUAGUUGACAUGUACCUAUGAUGAAAAUUACAGGCCUCUCUCAUCUUUUUAAGUGGGAGAACUUGCACAAUUGGUGGCUGACUAAAUACUUUUUUCCCCCACUGUAUAAUGUCAAAUGACAGACCUGGAUAGGUGAUAUAUCAAUCCCCUUUAGGAGAAGGGUUGUCUAAUUUAAGAGCCAAUGGUGACAUAUACAAAAAGGGGAGUGUGAUCGGAGUGACUGAACCAGAGCUGUGUCUGUCCCAGUGAGAACCAGCAGUUCCUGAAGGAGGUGGUGCAGAGUGUGCUGGAGGGCCAAGGCGUGGGCUGGCUCAACAUGAAGAAGGUGCGCCGCCUGCUGGAGAACGAGCAGCUGCGCGUCUUCGUGCUGAGCAAGCUGAACCGGACCGUCCAGUCAGAGGAGGAUAUCAGGCAGGAGGUCAUCCGUGAUGUGGUGAGUGGCUCCACCCACCCAGGUGGGGAGAAAGGAACGGGGCAAGCGAGGGGAGAGAAAUAACAUUUUAAUUAUGCGUUUUUUAACCUUGGUUUUGAAUUAAAGCUGAAUAACAGCUUACAAUUGAAACUGUGUGUGUGUGUGGUGUACUCUUCAGGAGAUUAGCAGGAAGGUGUACAAGGGCAUGUUAGACAUACUGAAGUGCACCGUUUCUAGUCUGGAACACUCGUACACCAAUGCCGGGCUUGGAGGCAUGGCCAGCGUCUUCGUUCUGCUGGAAAUAGCACGCACCCACUACCAAACCAAAGGUAACGUUCAGAAAACCUAUACUCCACUGAAAGUGUCAACAUUUUCUCUCAAAGGACACAUUCAAUUCAGCAUGUCAUGCCCCCUCCCAAAACUAUGACUUAACUAUUUCCUCUGAAAAAAUGAAAGGUACUGAUGCUUGAUUCUUGUUUGAAAACAAAGAAGUGCUUAACAGGCGUUUCAUAUACUCCACUUAUUUAAAGGCAACAUAAGUAUUAUCUAGGAAAAGGAGUGCAAUCUGGAUAAUUUCUGUGUCCAUUUUCCUUUUUAUCAACUCAUUUGAAAAGUAAGCAAUAUGUUUUUACAGCAGUGAGUUCUGGUUCAAUCUCUGAGUCAGUACCACCAACGCAUGCCUCAUUUUUAGGUAACUUUGCAGUUUAAUUAAGCAUUCACCGAGCGAAUUUGGGUCAUAAGAGCAGAAGACAAACAACUAGGGAUGUGACAAACGAUAAGAACAUUUAAAACAAUUCCACUCAAAUUCACAAUGCAGUUUCGCUGCUGCCAGCAACGGGUUUGGGUCUCGGUGCGUCCCUUUCAGAUCUUUAAGCAUUGCGCCUCUACUACCAUUACUGUACCUCAAUUCCACCUUGCAAAGUUUACAUUUCCUUCUCAUUUAACUUCUUAAAGUAUUGCAAUACAGGACUUUGCUGCUGUUGCUUGCCUUUUUCUGCCAUUUUUCCAACUAUUAACGACGAUGUCGUAGUGGUGGAGAGUCGACUCCAAAAUAAUUGAUUCCUCGACUCCUUGCAUGUCGACUCCCAUUUCUAAGUGUUAAGAUUAAAUUCCGCUAGGAAUCGACUCCUAAGAUUCAGUAUUUUUGGAACGGAAGAGACUGAUUAGUUGCCGUACUUCCGAGAAUAAUCAUCUUCUUCUUCAAUGAGGUUUAACGGCGGUUGGCAUCCAAUUUGUUGCAUUACCGCCACCUACUAGACUGGAGUACAACUCCCUUAUAUUUUGCUUGAAAAAUAAAAUAAAGAAAUACCCUACCAUCUACUAACACUACACUCACAAAUUCAAAAUUAUUAUUAAUAAUGAACACCACCCUACUCCACUAUUUAAAUAUAUUCAUUCCUACCUCAUGCCCUCAACCUGAAAUGAUGGGACAUCACCACUUAACACUCCCUGUAACUCUUCUGAUGUCAAGUCUCGCACACCCAAAUACCUCUCUGCAGCUGCCACCACAACCUCAAUUUUCUUCGACUUACGUUCCAUCCCUGCAGUACAAUUAAUAACCAUUGCUAUAAAUGCUAAAAAUCCAAUCUUACUGAAACAUAUAUCACUUGUUGUCCUAUCCCUCUGUACUAGUACAUUUCUACUACUCUCACCACUCCCCCUUGAAAUCUCUUGCUCUACUUUAUUCACUGCCUUAGCAUAUGACAACUUCUUCACUACUUUUACCCUGGAAGCCUCAACCUGCUUCUCUCGCACGGGACAUUUCUGCUCCCCAGCCCCAUGGCCACCCCUACAAUUAGCACAUACCACUACUUUCCCCAAUGCUACAUUCCUUUGUUUCAUGCCCUUCUGCACACUUCUCACACCUUGGAACCUCCCUCCUACAUACUGCUGCCACAUGCCCAUAAGUUUGACACCUGUAACAUCGUAAUGUAUUCGGCACAUAAGUUCGUACAGGAUAACUUAUAUAUCCUAACUUCACUUUGUCAGGCAAAGACUCAACAUCAAAACUCAAAAGAACAGACAAUGACUCUUCUGUUUCCCCACUCUCGCCACCCUGUUUGCGUCGCACCAAACGACAAGCAUCACAAACACCGGGAAUCUUCCCCUUCAGUUGGUCAGCUUUCACAUUUACCGCUACCCCAGUAAUCACUCCUUUCAAUGGCGCCCUUUUCUUGAGAGCGAAACAAUUCACAAUUCUUUCCCCCAUUUGUUUAACUCUGAGCGCCUUCUCCCUCUGCCCAACAGAAACACAAACAAUUAGCACUAGACCACUUCUGGUUACCCUACUUCCGAGAAUACAAACACUCGCAUCUUUCAUAGCUAGCUAGCGAGAGACGGAGAGAGAGGGGAGGGUCAUAGUAUAGACAGGUCUGUCACCAGGCAGACAGUCAGAACCGUGCACUAGGCCUAUCUAUCGGCAAUCAAAAGCUGUAUCUCCAAAUGUCUUGGCUUACAAUGUCUCGCAACUUCAGUAAAGCAGGGCCUAUCAUCAAUGAAUAAGCUAGGAUAUUCUACACACAACAGACCGAAGACUGAACACACACUUGCAUCAUUAGCGAAGAGAAAGAGCAGGGGUGUGUGUACUAAUUAGUCCAAAUAGUUGUAAAACUUUUUGCAACUAAAACAAGUUUCUAUUGGACAAAUGCAAGUAGUUCCCUCCCUGUUUCGUUCCGUUUAAGAACAGUUUUGCAACAGAAUCGACGUAAUGAAUACACCCGAGGCGAGCCAGCGUGAUGGAGAGCGAGGAGGGGGCAGGCAGAAAAAAACGUGUGCAUAGACGGAUUGGUUGUUUAGCAACAACACCGAUGCGUGUGCAACUAUGGGGCAAAACAGACUGGGUUGGCUUACAUUGUUGACAUGUAAACUAUAUUUCGUCUCCAAUGUUUAUUGAAAACAUAAGUACAUUUGCACAACGAGCACUUGUUGUUUCUCAAAUACAUCUUUACAGUUGUUGAUUAGCUAGCUAGUGAAUUUUUGCCAUAUUAGCAUUGACAUGAAAUCAGUCAAAAUAACUCAAAACAAGACAUGGUAUCAAGAACAAGAUUAAACUAGCUGAAAUGAGUCACUUACGAUUCCCCACAUGGCAGUUUCUUGUCAGUGUUGGUAGCUAUCUGGCUAUCCAGAAUCACAACUCACGGACUUCUGACGUAUGCGCAUCGUUUUUGUGACAUUGUCAGCUAACCCAUCUAUAUGUCUUAGUAAUCUGUCUUGCAUGCCUCGCAAAUUCACCAAAGUAGCCUAAAGUUCUAUUUAAAUUAAAUUACAUAACUUUUCUAGUUAGGCUAUAACACGGAAAAUAGUAUGUUUUGUGAUAACUGCACCGCUAUUUUAAUUUUGUGGGGGGGAAAAACAUCAAAACAUGUUUUUUUCAGGUUGGGAUUUUUCUUAAUGUUAAGGAUCCCGAUUUCGUUUUAGCAUUUUAAACGUUCACACCCCUACAAACAACCAUCUAUUCUAACUUUCAAACCUCCCACUGCAACUCUACACUGUUUCUUUCUUCUCUCGCUACCAUCUCUUUCCCUUCUUCCCUAUUCUUCUCCCUUUUUCCUCCUUGGUGGCCCCAGUAGACCCAGAGAAGCGCAAGCGGAGCCCCAGUGACGCUGCAAGCAGCCCGGGCAGCAAGGAGAGCCCGUCUGCCCGCAUGGAGGGCACCAGGCCCCCGGGGCUCCUCCUGGUGCCCCGUCUCCAACUGCCGCACCCCACCUCGGGGGGCAAAGGCACCCGCCACUUUGACACCCGGAGUCUGAACGAGGAGAAUUUUAUUGCCUCCAUUGGUGUGUACCCCACCCCAUCCCCCCUUGCAUGCGCUCUGAGAGCACCCCUUGCCCCCCCUGCUCACCAGUCUAAACCCUGCCCUACCCCUUGACCCACCUCUUUCCAACCAGGCAACAAGGGGAGUGCUUUCCCCUUCCUUAGAAAAAGAGCCCCUUAUGAUAUUCCAUUCACUUUGACCCACACCAGUGAUGCCAAUGGUCAGCAUUUAAAGCUGUAAAACUCUGAAAUAUAUUUAGAAAAUACAUUAUGCUGGUUUGCCAUAAUAUUUGCACAUCAUGCAACUCCAACCAAAUUUGACAAAUAACCACAUUUGAAUUCCAGAUCUGGCCUUGAGCGGUGUAGGCGUGUGUGAAAUAUUGCAUUGAGCCCACCCCCACCAGCCUGGAUGUGUUGUAUCCCUCCCCACCCUUCUCUGAAUGUUGAGCGCCCCUGUUUGCCACCUCUUGUGGAGUCCUCCUUUGUUUGCCUUCUAGCACCUUGACUGUGCAUGUCUUCGUUUUCCGUUGUCUUCUCGAAACUCCAAAUCUGCAGUAUUGUGCUAAGGAGUCUGAAGACCUGUCUCUGCCUUUACUGCAGGUUUCCUUAAAGCGUGCUGUACAAGUAGCACCUCUCAGCUCUAGCAUGGAGGGUGGAGCGUCACUCCCCAGUAAACAGGCCCAAGGAAGAGACAAAUUUCAUGCUCACUGUUAGCAAGCCACGGUUGCCGUUUAGCUUGGGGAUAGGGUUAAUUAACACUGAACAUUGUGGAAAAGGAGCGAAGCAUUGCUUCUCCUUUCGACCACCAUUCUACUAUCUCAAAUGUUACUUUGGGUCUGUAUACAGGGGACAGAUUCACCCAACUCCCUCAAUCUCCCUACCUACCAACCUACCCUCACUUCACCAGCCCCUUUUCUCUCUUUGGGAAGAUGCAGCUUCAAUUCUACGGAAUGUCUUUUUGAGACUUGCACCCCUGCUUCUGCAACAGCUCCAUUCCACCUGCUGGCUAGCUGGCUGGCCACUCCACCCCCAUUCCAUGCCCUUCACCAAGCCCUGCUGCCUCUGUCACCCUGGUUCUGGAGAGCCACACACUGCUAGCCAAUAACUUAACUUCUCGGUCACAUACAUUUUUAAAGGAACCCCAGUAUUCCCCCUUGUGUGGUUCUCCAGGACCAUGGUCCAGGAGUGUUGGGUGUGUUGUAAUGUUACACCUCAGUAGCAGUAAAUGGCAAUGGAACUCUGCGUACAGAGAAUUUAUGUCAUAGUGUUCCAUAUUGCCAAGCUGACAUGUGACUACUCUCAGACGUUACAAAACAUCCUCAAUUGUUAAAAUAACAGAUUUCUUUAAUGCUUAAUUUUGUUUUAUGUUAUGGUUUAUCUAAUGCUCAUCCUCCAUACCUGCCUACUCAACCAGCUCUCUGACACUCUCUCUGUCUUUCUCUCCUUGCUUGCAAUGCAUCUUGGGUAGAAUUGUGGAGCAGGCACCAUGAAAAGGAUAAGCAAAAAGCUAUGGAAAAACAACAGAGUAAGAUAUUUCUCACACACAAAAAAAGACUGGGGUAUUGCAUAACUGCCAGCUAUUAACAUUUCCACGCCCUUCUCUCCACCUUUCCCCAACCUACCUAUGUUUGUUAGUCACAAAUGAUUUAAAAAGUUAAUAUAAGUGAUCAUGUUGACAUGGAUAAUUAUUCUAGGACUAUAGAUCCAUAAUCUUGAUUUGAGGUGUGUGCGUAACGUUCUGAGUAACUGAGUUAUACUUGCAUAUCUCAAAUCAGGAGUCAUAACAUAGUGAGUUCCUCUUAUUCUCCAUAUAGUUACUCUGACAUUAUGUUUGCUGUCAACUUGUUCCAUUCCUAUUCCCUGAGUUGUGAAAUAGUCAUUGGAACCGUAGUCUGUCAGGCCCUUACCCAAUCCCAUACGUUCCCUUUUUUCCUGGGCUCUUGAGGUUCUAUCAAGGUUACAGUUGUGGCAUUUCAUUUAGCAAAUGUGCGUUUCUGGAAAAUCACUACAUGGCAAGAAGGUAAAUUGUACAUAGUACAAAAAAAACAAAAAAUAGAAAAAAAAGAUACCUGAGCCAUGAAUGAAUACACAAUAGUAUGAGUACAAACAUCCAUUGCAGGUUUGUUGGCUGCAUCACCAAAUGUAUCACAGAAGUCUUGGUUAAAUUUGCAUUUAACUAUUAUAAUUGACUGUACUUUCUUCCGAUGUAAAGGUUUGAUAUCCUGGACUCUUCAAAAUGUACAGAUUGCAGGCCAGCAUUUGUUUAAUUGUAGUUACAUUUUCCUAGAGGUGCAUUAUGUGAGUCAUAACAAGGUGUUUCUGCAACAACUGACUGGUAUAUUAACAACAGCGCUGUUGGUCAAUUCUUGUCUAAAAGCAAACUUGUGCAGAAAAUGGUCUCCUAUUUUGACUGUCCCUCAGUUUGUCUGCAUGCCUAACUGCCUGAGUCUGUGUGUCAAUUUUUGUAACUUUGACCUCUUUUAUAUUGGUAUCUGCCUUUGUCAAUUACAGUUUGAUCUACAUCCAUCAAUAUUCCUACUGAUUUUGCACUCUCCAGUGGCCUCUAAAUAGUCACAUGCUUGGUCUUUUGAAAGCUGACAGCUGGGUCAUGUUCAUUAGGGCACAAGUAGCAAUGUUUUGCAACAGAAAACAAUUGAGAUAGUAUCUCUCUGUUUUGUGCCAUUUUCUUCUGUUUUGGCCUACUGAACAUGACUGAUUAUUAUUUUUUGCUUCCUGAAUAUAAAAAAACCAAGAUCCUCCGGCUGAAUGGAAGUGUCCCUGUUGUAGGGCCAGUAUUUCCGGUCAAUCCCAAAGUUAUGGUGUUAGAGGUCAAACACACCAAUAGUGUUUGCUGGCCUAGAGUACCUUGCACCUCUGAACGUAAUUUGCGAACCGAGUGCGCACCAAUUUUAAAUGGAGAAUCGUGUGAAAAGUGUCGUCAGUCAGAUCGGAAAAAGAAUGCUAAAUCCACAUUCAGUGCGACGUGUGCAAGCCUUUCAAGUUAGGUCACCAUCUCCCCCCCCCCACCCCCCCUCUCUGCCAGUUGCCAAUCAUGUGACACUCAGUAAGGGGGCAGUGUGGAAGUGCGCAUGGCACCCGUGCUGACAACAACAUGUAUCCUGCAGGAGCGGAGGGGGCUAAGAAACAGCACCCUGAGCUGACUGACACGGAGGAGAAGAAGUCCCAGAUCAGUGCUGACAGUGGCCUCGGCGUCAACUCCGGAUCCCAGGUCUGUUCUUUUCCAAAGCCAGCUCUUGUAACUAAGCAAAGAAUGCACACGUGGAAUCUGACACUUGUUUCACAUCGGUUAUCCCCCAACUCUGGCGCUUGAGAGUCACAAUGUCUGCUGGUUCUCAUUCUUGCAUUUUAAUCUGAGUCUGAUAUAGACCUGGGAAACCAGGGUUGUAGACUGAGUGUUUGGAUAUUGAUGGCAUGGACUUGUGAAUUAGUAUUAAGGAGAUUACAAAACACUGGAGUCACUACGGCCCUUGAGAAGAAGUUCAUUUCCACUGUUUCUAUAUGCCUCUGUCUGCUCACCUUUCUCUUUCUCAGUCUUUCUCGGUCUUGCUUUGCAGAAGAGUGACACCGAGUCCGUGACCAGCACUGAACCGCCAGUCCUUACCAGAAGCACCAGCCAGGACUCAGAGGCCAGCACAGUGGUAGGGCACGGCCAACACAGAGAAACAAUCUCACCCCAAUCCUAAACCCUUCUCAACCUUACCUCAGUGUGGCUCAUCCCAAGGCCCGCUUACUCCCAAAGCGCAAUUUUUAUCCUUAGUCUAGUCUUACAAGGUUUACACUCAAGGUUCCACAGACUCACUUAAGCUCAAGCCAUACAUCCCCAGUAACACUUAUCCCAAACCAGGUUGCUUCCCAAUCUUACUAUAUUCCGAGCUUGAUUAAUUUCUAGUAUUUGCUAACUAGUCCUACUCAUCUCUUGUCUUGCUUUGUCUCAGCCUGGCACAAUGGCUCUUGCCAAAACCGUACGUGUCAUACUAAUCUACCUCAUCCCCAGUGUCUCUUAGCCUUAGUGUAACUCAGUGAUCCUCAAAACAACCUGUAGUGUGGCAGCUCUCCAAGGGCAGGGUUGAGGAUUACUGAUCUAACUCGUCUCUUUUGGCCUUGGUCUAAUGCAUCCUGUGUGUCUUUUAGUGUGAGUUCUCUGUGUCUUAGUAUGCCUGAUAUUCACUAGUCUCCUGACACUUUGACCCCUGACCCCUCCAGAUAAGUAACAGCUCAGGGGAGACGCUGGGAGCUGACAGUGACUUGAGUAGCACCGCUGGGGAGGGCUUGGGUGGCAGGCAAGCCCCCCACCUCAACCUCUCCAGGGGAACACUGUCCGACAGCGAGAUUGAGACCAACCCGGCCACCAGCUCAGUGUUUGUGAGUAGAAAAUCCUGCCUGGCUGAUCACACUGCUUGAUUUUUUUGGGGCGUUUUCUAGAUGCACAAAUGCAUUCCCUGCGGGACAUGAAGUCUGCCCAUGGAUGUCAAUCUUGUAAAUGCAGGGACAAAUCCAAUUUUCAAAAAUCUUUGGCAAGAUUAAAUUACCCCAUGAUUUAUGUUUUGUUGUGUUUGCCCAGGGUAAGACCCAAAAGAUGAAGCCUGGUGUGAAGGAGACGAAGUCUAAACUUGUGCCUGUCGUGGCUAAGGGGCCUCCCGCCCAGCCCUUGGAGGACAUCAGCAUGAGGAUUUACCUAUGUGAUGGCCUGCUGGGUACGUUCCAGAUGACUGAUGUUUUAGAAAGGCUGUGGUUUAAUAUCUUCUACAGUGUCUUCUUUAGUCUCCCUCUGUUCAACUUUGUGGUAAAAAGCAACAGUAAAUAUCUAGCAGACUCAGCGAGAUGUUGCAUGCACAAAGUAAACACAAUAUCAGGUAAAUUUCAGCAACAUCUAAGAGCGUUGAAGUGCGAGGCUAAACGUCUCCGCUGUCUUGCAUCGUGCUCAUCUCAUAUCUGCGAUGCUGCUCGUUGUAACGUUGUCUCGCUGAGUCUACCUUUAAAGUGAAUCCUUCUUAUAAGGCAAAACACAGAUAUACAGUACCAGUCAAAAGUUUGGACACACCUACUCAUUCAAGGGCUUUUCUUUAUUUUUACUAUUUUCUACAUUGUAGAAUAAUAGUGAAGACAUCAAAACUAUGAAAUAACACAUAUGGAAUCAUGUAGUAACCAAAAAAGUGUUAAACAAAUUCUUCAAAGUUGCCACCCUUUGCCUUGAUGACAGCUUUGCACACUCUUGGCAUUCUCUCAAUCAGCUUUACCUGGAAUGCUUUUCCAACAGUCUUGAAAGAGUUCCCACAUAUGCUGAGCACUUGUUGGCUGCUUUUCCUUCACUCUGCGGUCCAACUCAUCCCAAACCAUCUCAAUUGGGUUGACUGUGGAUACAGAACUCCAUCACUCUCCUUCUUGGUCAAAUAGCCCUUACACAGCCUGUAGGUGUGUUGGGUCAUUGUCCUGUUGAAAAACAAAUGACAGUUCCACUAAGCGCAAACCAGAUGGGAUGGCGUAUCGCUGCAGAAUGCUGUGGUAGCCAUGCUGGUUAAGUGUGCCUUGAAUUCUACAUAAAUCACAGACAGUGUCACCAGCAAAGCACCAUCACACCUCCUGCUCCAUGCUUCACUGUGGGAACCACACUUGUGGAGAUCAUCCGUUCACCUACUCUGCAUCUGACAAAGACACGACGGUUGGAACCAAAAAUCUCAAGUUUGGACUCAUCAGACCAAAGGACAGAUUUCCAUCGGUCUAAUGUCCAUUGCUCGUGUUUCUUGGCCCAAGCAAGUCUCUUCUUCUUAUUGGUGUCCUUUAGUAGUGGUUUCUUUGCAGCAAUUUGACCAUGAAGGCCUGAUUCACGCAGUCUCCUCUGAACAGUUGAUGUUGAGAUGUCUGUUACUUGAACUCUGUGAAGCAUUUAUUUGAGCUGCAAUUUCUGAGGCUGGUAACUCUAAUGAACUUAUCCUCUGCAGGGAGGUAACUCUGGGUAUUCAUUUCCUGUGGCGGUCCUCAUGAGAGCAAGUUUCAUGUUUUGCGACUUCACUUGAAGAAACUUUCGAAGUUCUUGAAAUGUUCUACAUUGACUGACCUUCAUGUCUUAAAGUAAUGAUGGACUGGCAUUUAUCUUUGCUUAUUUGAGCUGUUCUUGCCAUAAUAUGGACUUGAUCUUCUGUAUACCUGCCCUACCUUGUCACAACACAACUGAUUGGCUCAAACGCAUUAAGGAAGGAAAUUCCACAAAUUAACUUUUAAGAAGGCACACCUGUUAAUUGAAAUGCAUUCCAGGUGACUACCUCAUUAAGCUGAUUGAGAGAAUGCCAAGAGUGUGCAAAGCUGUCAUCAAGGCAAAGGGUGGCUACUUUGAAGAAUCUCAAAUAUAAAAUAUAUUUAGAUUUGUUUAACACUUUUUUGCUUACUACAUGAUUCCAUAUGUGUUAUUUCAUAGUUUUGAUGUCUUCACUAUUAUUCUACAAUGUAGAAAAUAGUAAAACUAAAGAAAAACCCUGGAAUUAGUAGGUGUCCAGACUUUUGACAGGUACUGUGUAUAUAUCUAUAUAUACACUGCUCAAAAAAAUAAAGGGAACACUUAAACAACACAAUGUAACUCCAAGUCAAUCACACUUCUGUGAAAUCAAACUGUCCACUUAAGAAGCAACACUGAUUGACAAUAAAUUUCACAUGCUGUUGUGCAAAUGGAAUAGACAACAGGUGGAAAUUAUAGGCAAGUAGCAAGACACCCCCAAUAAAGAAGUGGUUCUGCAGGUGGUGACCACAGACCACUUCUCAGUUCCUAUGCUUCCUGGCUGAUGUUUUGGUCACUUUUGAAUGCUGGCGGUGCUUUCACUCUAGUGGUAGCAUGAGACGGAGUCUACAACCCACACAAGUGGCUCAGAUAGUGCAGCUCAUCCAGGAUGGCACAUCAAUGCGAGCUGUUGCAAGAAGGUUUGCUGUGUCUGUCAGCGUAGUGUCCAGUGCAUGGAGGUGCUACCAGGAGACAGGCCAGUACAUCAGGAGACGUGGAGGAGGCCAUAGGAGGGCAACAACCCAGCAGCAGGACCGCUACCUCCGCCUUUGUGCAAGGAGGAGCAGGAGGAGCACUGCCAGAGCCCUGCAAAAUGACCUCCAGCAGGCCACAAAUGUGCAUGUGUCUGCUCAAACGGUCAGAAACAGACUCCAUGAGGGUGGUAUGAGGGCCCGACGUCCACAGGUGGGGGUUGUGCUUACAGCCCAACACCGUGCAGGACGUUUGGCAUUUGCCAGAGAACACCAAGAUUGGCAAAUUCGCCACUGGCGCCCUGUGCUCUUCACAGAUGAAAGCAUGUUCACACUGAGCACAUGUGACAGACGUGACAGAGUCUGGAGACGCCGUGGAGAACGUUCUGCUGCCUGCAACAUCCUCCAGCAUGACCGGUUUGGCGGUGGGUCAGUCAUGGUGUGGGGUGGCAUUUCUUUGGGGGGCCGCACAGCCCUCCAUGUGCUCGCCAGAGGUAGCCUGACUGCCAUUAGGUACCGAGAUGAGAUCCUCAGACCCCUUGUGAGACCAUAUGCUGGUGCGGUUGGCCCUGGGUUCCUCCUAAUGCAAGACAAUGCUAGACCUCAUGUGGCUGGAGUGUGUCAGCAGUUCCUGCAAGAGGAAGGCAUUGAUGCUAUGGACUGGCCCGCCUGUUCCCCAGACCUGAAUCCAAUUGAGCACAUCUGGGACAUCAUGUCUCGCUCCAUCCACCAACACCACGUUGCACCACAGACUGUCCAGGAGUUGGCGGAUGCUUUAGUCCAGGUCUGGGAGGAGAUCCCUCAGGAGACCAUCCGCUACCUCAUCAGGAGCAUGCCCAGGCGUUGUAGGGAGGUCAUACAGGCACGUGGAGGCCACACACACUACUGAGCCUCAUUUUGACUUGUUUUAAGGACAUUACAUCAAAGUUGGAUCAGCCUGUAGUGUGGUUUUCCACUUUAAUUUUGAGGGUGAGUCCAAAUCCAGACCUCCAUGGGUUGAUAAAUUUGAUUUCCAUUGAUAAUUUUUGUGUGAUUUUGUUGUCAGCACAUUCAACUAUGUAAAGAAAAAAGUAUUUAAUAAGAUUAUUUCAUUCAUUCAGAUCUAGGAUGUGUUGUUUAAGUGUUCCCUUCCCAGUGUAUAUAUCUCUCUCAUUCGUCAAACUCUUUCUCUAAAACUCUUUUUCACUAUUUGACUAACUAACACUGCAUGAACUGUAGUAUAAAGCGUGAAGGUAGGUCUGAAGUGAGUGAGGUUGGGUCGAUUUUAUUUGUCCUUUCACGCUUCCUGUGGUCUCUCUCUCUCUCUCUCUCUGCUCUUGGCUUGCCAUUAACCCACUCAGCUCUGAGCUUAACCCUCUUUGCUCUGCUGCUCCUCUUCCUCCCUGCUGCGUGUCCCGGGAACGCCAUGCAGGGCGCGACAAGAGCUCCAUGUGGGACCAGCUGGAGGAUGCUGCCAUGGAAACCUUCUCUCUGAGUAGGGCUGACCUCUUUCACCUUUUGACCUUCUAUGUUUGUGCUUGGAUGCAAUGCAGACCUGGGCUCUGUUGCUCACUUGUGUAUUGUCUGGUGCUUUUGAUGUGCUGCUUUGAUCUUUACCGCCACUGGAUUUCCCAUCUCACUGAGUGGUUUGUAUUGUAAACAAUGUAGCAACACUCCUAUCUUCAAGUUAACAAGAGAACAUGUCUCUUGGUUCUUGGUUUACAAAAUAUGUUUCAACAAUCAUAUGGUCAGGUGUGUGGGUGUGUUUGUGUGUGUUCGUAUAGAUGUGUGCGUUCGUUUGUGGGUGUUUGUGUGUGUGCAGUUAUGUAAGGUUCUGUGGGAUCAUGUGUUUGUAUGUUUAUGCAUAGUUACUGGUGAAUGUGGGGUGACAUGUAGUUGUCAGUGUGAAGGUGAUUUUGACCUAUUGAGGAUUUUGAACACUAGUUUUGUGUUUUUGUGUGCCUUUGUGAUUGUGGUCAUGAUGUGUUUGUGUAAGUGUGUGUCCUUUGGACACAGAUAAGCAGUGUGUGUUGUAUUUGUGUAGGUAAGGAGCGCUCUACACUGUGGGACCAGGUCCAGUUCUGGGAGGAUGCUUACUUGGAUGCUGUCAUGUUGGAGAGGGAGGGGAUGGGCAUGGACCAGGGACCUCAGGAGAUGAUUGACAGGUACUGGUUGCCUAUUAGAGUGGAUCUGUAUUUUGAAAUGCCCAUUGACAGCCAUCCUUGUAUAGCUGUGUUUCCUGUUUAGAGGCUGAUGGUUACCACUGUUUACACAGAUACCUGUCACUCGGGGACCACGACCGUAAGCGCCUGGAGGACGAUGAGGACAGGCUGCUAGCUACUCUACUGCACAAUAUGAUCGCCUACAUGCUAAUGGUUAAGGUGGGCCUAUCACACAUGCACACACACACACGCACGUUUCACUCCGUAACCCCUGUAUGUCAACUGCAGCAACUACAAAUGUUCAGAUAAGUAGGCAUUGCAUAUCUUCCAAUGUCUCUUGCUAAGAUUGUCUGUCUGUCUCUGUCUGUCCAGUUGAACAAGAAUGACAUCAGGAAGAAGGUGAGGCGUCUGAUGGGGAAGUCCCACAUCGGCCUCAGCCACAGCCAGGAGAUCAACGAGUGUCUGGACAAACUGGCUAAUUUGGUAAGAAAGAACCAAGGAUUCUCUCUCUUCAAUAAAAUAGGAGCCACUAAGGCGGUCAACUGUUCUACCAAGUGGCAUAAAGAGGCAACGUUUUAUGUGGUCCUUCGAGCCAGAUCCUUUUAUGCAACACAUGUUUUUAGUGUGUGUGAGAAUAUCAGUGUUGCUGAUACAGUAUCUCUGUUUAACCAUCUAGAGUCUAAGCCAGGGAUGAAACAUUUGAUUUGGCAUUACUGCUUUUAGCCCAUAGAAAAGCACUGAAUAACAGCUGGUAGAGCACGGCGCUUGUAACGCCAAGGUAGUGGGUUCGAUCCCCGGGACCACCCAUACACAAAAAUGUAUGCACGCAUGACUGUAAGUCGCUUUGGAUAAAAGCGUCUGCUAAAUGGCAUAUUAUUAUUUUUUAUUAUUUACAUGGAACAACAAUCCCCCCCAAAAAAUCAAAAUGAAGUUCUGUCCUAUAUCUGAGAGAUAUAAGAAAGAUCUUUUUUUUUAAAAAAUUUUACAUGUAUUUAACCCCUUAUUUUAGGCACUAAACAGUCUCCAUAUAUACUUCCAUUGAUUUUUUAAACUGGUACCGGGGACCUUCAGAUGAGUGUUGUGAGGCUUGUGGGCAUCCUAGAGCAAAACAACCGACAUGUACGUGUUCGUGAGAGAUUUCCACAGAGGGGUCAUAUUACUGUGUAGCCAAAACUGUUCGGAGGCUACAGACAGAAGUUGGCAGAAGAGGCUGUACCAACUUCGUAGAGCAAAACGGAGAACACCAUCGUGUUCGUGAGAGUCUUCUUUCCCCAGAGGGGUCAUAAUAGUUUUAUAGGCCAGACCGAUUUUCGAGAUGUCUCAUGGUCUGACAAACACCGUUCUUCUAAUUCUGCCACCUUUCACCACAGAUGUGGAAGAGUGAUCUCGUGGAUGUGGUGGAUUGAGACGCAGCCCAUGCAAAAAAAAACUCUAGCUUAAACAGACGCAUUUUGAUGGGGAUGUAUUUAUUAUGUUAAUUAGAUUUCCAUGGGGACGCAGAAAUUGUAGGAGAAGGGUUAAAGUCUUGUUCACUUAAAUUUCAGAAUGGCCGCGAGCUGUCCAUCAGACCUAGCGGAAGCCGUCACAUCAAGAAGCAGACCUUCGUGGUGCAUGCUGGGACAGAUACCACAGGGGACAUCUUCUUCAUGGAGGUAUGAGAAAGACACUUUCAGCAUUCACUUUCCCGGACCUUCCUUGUACAUAGGCCUUGUUCAUAUUUGUUUUAUUGUGCCCCAGAGAUGCAUGAAGGCCUGACAAUAGUAUCUGAAUAGAUUACAUUUGCUGAUCAUUGUCAAGAACUGUCAAGAACUGUCAAGAACUGUCAAAACUCUGCAAUUUGUAGUUUCAGUAGAUGUGGAUGUCAAGUAAUUACAUCUUUUGCCUCUGUCCAUUUCCCCCAUUCAGGUGUGUGACGACUGCAUAGUCCUGCGCAGCAACAUCGGCACAGUGUAUGAGCGCUGGUGGUACGAGAAGCUCAUUAACAUGACCUAUUGCCCCAAGACCAAGGUGCUGUGUCUGUGGAGACGCAAUGGCCAGGAGACCCAACUCAACAAGUUCUACACCAAGAAGGUGAGCCGCUAUCGUCCACGCUUUGAGUACUGGAAUGCGACUAGCAAUUAUGAACACCAUGAUAUCCGUGUUGUGACUUUCGUGUCAGACUUUCUAUAGCCACUUUUCGUAUUCCAUAGUCCAUAAUCUGAAUUCAAAUGUUUUGUUGUCUAGUGUCGCGAAUUGUAUUACUGUGUGAAGGACAGCAUGGAAAGGGCUGCUGCACGACAGCAGAGCAUUAAACCAGGUAUGUGUGUGUGCACAUUGGCUGGACUCUCUUUCUUUGAGGCAGCACCAAUGUAUUCUUGCCCUGCUUUUUUGAAAAUGUAUAGCCCUAGGGCAGUGGUAUUCUGGGUCCUGACCCCUAGUGGGGGUGUGGAGGAAUUGCAGUGGUGUUGGCAAAAAAUAAAAAUACAAAUAUAAAAAAUUAAGAGUACAGAUUAUUGUAUGGGACAAUAUACAAACGUUUUUGAGAAAGAUAAUUUGGAAAAUAAAUGUUAUUGUGUAAAUGUAUUUAUUGGUUUCUUUUCAUUUUGAUAAGAUAAAUGAAAAUGUAAUGAAUUGAAGGUUAUUUGUUCAUGUGAAAAUGGAAAUGUACCGAUUUUAAGGUUGCGUCGUCACAUUUGGCAAAAAAAAUGGGGUCCCCGAUGAAGAAGUUUGAAUACCACUGCCCUAGGGGCUAAUAGCAGUUAGUAAUAGUUCAUAGUCUAUGGAAAAGUAUAACUUUUGGGUGUUGGAAUAACUGAGUGAAGGUGAGCUCUAGACUACUGCUUUAUUGUCCAAUAAAUUCUUUAACCAUUUGAGUCAAUCAGCUCAGUUGGCCAAGUAAAGACUUUUCUAUCUGUCAUUACUAACACUUUUCGAAAGAGAUGUACAGCGGAAUGGAUAGGAGAGGGAUCCUUUGGUUUAAGUGAUCUGCCCCUCUCUCCAUAGGUCCAGAGCUGGGUGGAGAGUUCCCUGUGCAGGACAUGAAGACAGGCGAGGGAGGACUGCUGCAAGUUACCCUGGAAGGCAUCAACCUCAAAUUCAUGCACAGCCAGGUAGGAGGCCUGUAUUACCAUAUACACACAUAUACAUAUACAUAUACAUAUAUAUAUACAGUGAGGGAAAAAAGUAUUUGAUCCCCUGCUGAUUUUGUAUGUUUGCCCACUGACAAAGAAAUGAUCAGUCUAUAAUUUUAAUGGUAGGUUUAUUUGAACAAUGAGAGACAGAAUAACAACAACAAAAUCCAGAAAAACGCAUGUCAAAAAUGUUAUAAAUUGAUUUGCAUUUUAAUGAGGGAAAUAAGUAUUUGACCCCCUCUCAAUCAGAAAGAUUUCUGGCUCCCAGGUGUCUUUUAUACAGGUAAUGAGCUGAGAUUAGGAGCACACUCUUAAAGGGAGUGCUCCUAAUCUCAGUUUGUUACCUGUAUAAAAGACACCUGUCCACAGAAGCAACCAAUCAAUCAGAUUCCAAACUCUUCACCAUGGCCAAGACCAAAGAGCUCUCCAAGGAUGUCAGGGACAAGAUUGUAGACCUACACAAGGCUGGAAUGGGCUACAAGACCAUCGCUAAGCAGCUUGGUGAGAAGGUGACAACAGUUGGUGCGAUUAUUCGCAAAUGGAAGAAACACAAAAACACUGUCAAUCUCCCUCGGCCUGGGGCUCCAUGCAAGAUCUCACCUUGUGGAGUUGCAAUGAUCAUGAGAACGGUGAGGAAUCAGACCAGAACUACACAGGAGGAUCUUGUCAAUGAUCUCAAGGCAGCUGGGACCUUAGUCACCAAGAAAACAAUUGGUAACCCACUACGUUGUGAAGGACUGAAAUCCUGCAGCGCCCGCAAGGUCCCCCUGCUCAAGAAAGCACAUAUACAGGCCCGUCUGAAGUUUGCCAAUGAACAUCUGAAUGAUUCAGAGGAUAACUGGGUGAAAGUGUUGUGGUCAGAUGAGACCAAAAUGGAGCUUUUUGGCAUCAACUCAACUUGCUGUGUUUGGAGGAGGAGGAAUGCUGCCUAUGACCCCAAGAACACCAUCCCCACCGUCAAACAUGGAGUUGGAAACAUUAUGCUUUGGGGGUGUUUUUCUGUUAAGGGGACAGGACAACUUCACCGCUCCAAAGGGACGAUGGACGGGGCCAUGUACUGUCAAAUCUUGGGUGAGAACCUCUUUCCCUCAGCCAGGGCAUUGAAAAUGGGUCAUGGAUGGGUAUUCCAGCAUGACAAUGACCCAAAACACAAGGAGUGGCUCAAGAAGAAGCACAUUAAGGUCCUGGAGUGGCCUAGCCAGUCUCCAGACCUUAAUCCCAUAGAAAAUCUGUGGAGGGAGCUGAAGGUUCGAGUUGCCAAACGUCAGCCUCGAAACCUUAAUGACUUGGAGAAGAUCUGCAUAGAGGAGUGGAACAAAAUCCCUCCUGAGAUGUGUGUAAACCUGGUGGCCAACUACAAGAAACGUCUGACCUCUGUGAUUGCCAACAAGGGUUUUGCCACCAAGUACUAAGUCAUGUUUUGCAGAGGGGUCAAAUACUUAUUUUCCUCAUUAAAAUGCAAAUCAAUUUAUAACAUUUUUGACAUGUGUUUUUCUGGAUUGUUAUUCUGUCUCUCACUGUUCAAAUAAACCUACCAUUAAAAUUAUAGACUGAUCAUGUCUUUGUCAGUGGGCAAACGUACAAAAUCAGCAGGGGAUCAAAUACUUUUUUCCCUCACUGUAUAUAUACACACACACACGCAAAACCUCUUAACCUCGUUCCACCCACCUCAAUUCUUCUUCUGUUUUCUUUCUCUCUCACACAACUGUGGCUGACUUCCUCUAAGGUCCCUUUAAAAAAAAGAGAAUCGAAGGCAUUUAGGGUUGUUUAUCUUUGACAUUGAUAAAUAUUUUAUAGCCUACUGAAUUGAGUGCAAAAGCAGAGUACAUUUUGAAGUUACUUCAGUCACAGUUUUGAUCAGGACCCUAGAGGAAGAACACAUUUUUGUGCUUUGUCUUUCUAUGAUUUAGAAGAUGUUAUGUUUUAUUUGUGCAGUCACUAAGAUGUGUGUUUCAAGAUGAAAACACAUAUCCACUUAAAUAUUUCUGUUAAUACUUAGCAUUCUUAAUUGUGUUGCCCAAACCUUGUCGUCUGUUUGUGUGUGUGUGGGGGAAGGUGAAUGUUCUGUUUGUGUAAGAGAGAUUUGUGCAUCUGAGGUAAGACAGAUGACCUUUUGCAAAGACUUUUCAUUAAUAAUUGUCAUUUUAUUUUACAGUUCUUUAAAUUUUUGUCCCCUUAAAAUCCCUUGACCUGCAUAUUAAAGUUAGAUGAAAAAUACCUCUUCAAGUAUUCACAACUUUUGGGGUUGGGGCAAUUCCAUUUCCUGAAUCAACUUGAGUAAGAAUAUAAUUGACCUCAGUCCUUACCACUGUCACAAGUAGAUAUUUUUGGACCCAAAGGAAAUGCUUGGAUCUGAAAUAAAAUUAUACAAUUGCUCCGCCAAUGAUUGAGGGUCAUAGGAGUGGCACUCAUUUAAUAUAAGCAAAGUGAAGAAACACACUGGACAUAUCACACUGUAGGAUUGGGGCAAAAACGCAUUGAAUCAACACAGCGGAAUGCCUACUCAUAAGGUAAUACUAAAUUGUAGUAGAAUUGAAAACAAUGUUUUUGACCACUACAUUCUUUAUGAAAGGUCCUAGCUCUUUGAACUGCUUUCUUGAUUUCUAUAGAUCACACAGCGCACCUAGUUGAAAGGAAUUAAGGCUAGACGUUGCAGUGGCCAAUCGAGAGUGUAUUUGAUUGUGCCUUCUUUUUGAUGCAAUACCUCAACACAUUGGUCUAAUUUGAGCCACCUAACAGGUUAGAACACAUUGCUAUGGUUGAAGAACAGUUACAUCAUCAUCAUCAUCAUCAUCAUCAUAUAGAAUUGAACAAGGGUACAAGAGUCAUAAGGUUGUAAAACCCUUUCCCUACUACAGACACUUAGCCUAACUUACCUUUUAGGAACAACACAUACGUUUGUACGAUAAUGGUCAUAGCUCUCAUUGAGAUGCUGCUUGGCAAAUUCAAACCACCUAGUUUUCCACCGUCAGCUCUACAGGAGCGUAUGCACCAGUAGUAGAUGUCAUAUCCAUAGACUUCAUUCAUGCAAUAAAAAUAAAAACACUUAACUGUCUUGUUGUAAAUAACUUUUUCAUAUAAUAGUUAAUGCCAACCCAUUACAUUUUGCCAGUGCAGGCCCACCCAUGCUUCCAGUGUCAGACAUGGGUCACCGUAGGGUUAAAUACGUGGGCAUGUUAGAUGUUAGAGUGGUGAGGUUGUUAUAGGUGGCAGCCUGUUUUGUUGGGGAGGCGAUGUGGCGGACUGCCCUCUUGUACCUGUACUACUGAGCUGUUGGUGCCAGCCCUCGUUGCAGGAGGAAGGGGCAUGGAGGGCAUUGGGGGCGGGAGUGGGUUCCCAGCGGUCAAAACUGGUUGACAUUAUGUAAUUACAACCAUACUCUUGGUAAACUGGUAGUAAUUAUGUCAUUUUCUGGGUUAGGCCCAGGAUCAAACCAAAACAAGUCCAGCUGUUAAAAGUAUAGACUAGACCAACUUUCAGUAGUUAUCUUUCCACCUUUCGUAGUUUAGUUUAGCACUUCCAGUAGAAUUUUCUGUGAUGGGUAUAUUGUAUUGGCAUUGAUAGCUGUUAAUACGUCAAGUCCGGUCCAUUAGGUUGAUUGUUUUUGGGGGAUAGUGCAGCGCCCUCUUUGAGCGCCGUCCAGUGUUUGUGCUGUUCUGUCCGAUAAUAAUCCAAACCGUUUCUCUUCCAUGCUCUCUCCACCUGCAAGGAGCGGAAGGUAUACAACCUCUGCUGUGUUUGCUUGUUAGCGAUUAUGACAUUUUUUGGUUGGGUUCUUUUUCCUCAAUUCUCUAUUAGCUGUGUGUGGCAAACUUAAUUUUAUGUGUCCUCAUCUCUGUUUUCAUAUGGAAUUUCCAUGUAUGCUAAGCAUUACAUGGGCCACAGUGCAUUUGCAUUAGUAGGGAAAACAGAAAUUAAUUAGCAGUCAAAUCAAAUCAAAUCAAAUCAAAUUUUAUUGGUCACAUGCGCCGAAUACAACAGGUGUAGACAUUACAGUGAAAUGCUUACUUACAGCCCUUAACCAACAGUGCAUUUAUUUUAAACAAAAAAGUAAGAAUAAAACAACAACAAAAAAGUGUUGAGAAAAAAAGAGCAGAAGUAAAAAAUAAAGUGACAGUAGGGAGGCUAUAUAUACAAUAGAAUAAAGUGACAGUAGGGAGGCUAUAUAUACAGGGGGGUACCGUUGCAUAGUCAAUGUGCGGGGGCACCGGCCAGUUGAGGCAGUUGAGGCAAUAUGUACAUGUGGGUAGAGUUAUUUGCUUCACUGUUGACAACAAAUGGCCACAAUAGCUUUGCUGAUGCACACUAGCUAAGGCACUAUAGUGCGAACAAAUUGCCAUUUUAUAGUUUCAUUCAGCAAGUAAUCAUUAAUAGCACUCACUUCAUAGACCUUUCCACAAUGCAGUUCUACUCACCUAACCCCAGCCCAUGUAAGCAUUCAAACAUGGAAACUUCUGUUUUGUGCUGUCGUAUUUCUUUUUGGUAGCGUUUAAAAGCUUGCAUACCAUCUUCUGUCUUUUUUUCCCUUUUAGUAUUGACUAGAUGAGAAUUUAAUGUUGUUCAUUUUCUAUCUGAAAUGUUUAAUUUCAGCCUGUCAUUGAGUUGCUAAUGUUCUGUCUUGUUGUUUUUGUUUGUUUUUUUGUUUUAGGUUUUCAUAGAGCUGAAUCACAUUAAAAAGUGCAAUACUGUGAAGGGAGUCUUUGUCCUGGAGGAAUUUGGUAAUUACCCCAUCUAUUGAUUCUAGGUCUGUACUCGACACGGCAGUAACUCAGCUUCACGACAAACGCAACGCUGACACACAGAAAUAGCAACUGUAACGACUUGGGGUUCAGUGGAUUCACAACAGCUCUUGCUUACCUCGGGGCAAAUAUAGUCAGUGCUUGAGUUAGCUAGUUUCAUUUGGCAAUUGAGAAGUCCAGCCCUCACAAAUAUGAAUGUUUGUUUAAUUUCAUAUUUAUUGCUGAUUUAUAAAAUAAGACAAAACAGUCCUAUUUGUGAGAUUUCUGUCUUUAUUUGCUGUCAUUUCAUUUUGUCCAAAAGUGUUUUUAGUUUUUAACCAUGUGGUCUUAGGAGUCAGAUCUGCCGUGUUAUGAUAGAAGACUUGAUGCACAGCUUGUUUCUGUUUCAGACUUUCGUAAGGAUCAAAUGUUGGAAAUUAGAGCUUUAGAGUAGGAAAUUGUUUUAGGGUUCACUCGACCAAAUAAGAUGGUAUGUGCAUGAGAGGGAAAUUCAUCAAAGCCCAGAGCAGAGGGAAGCGGAGCCACAGAUCUUAUUUUAACUGUUUUCAACGCUCAUUAAGAAUAAAGGACACAUACGUUGAUUAUGUUCUCAGCUCUCAGUUGAAGCUGAAUUAUCUUGAAAAAUUGUUUCAAUUUAGAUUCCUAGAGGGGACUUCAUCUACUUGCUCGAUCCUCAGGAUAGAAGGAUGCUAACUUGUUGGAAAUGGCCACAUCUGGGUUGUGUUGAGUAGGCACGUUCAGGUAGUAUCUCAGCCAUUUCAAAACGUUUUCGCUCAAUGGUGCCUACUAAAUGCGAUUAGUGAUUCCUUUCCUGAGACCAGAGCUAGUAUUUAGAUAUUUAGAGCAUUUCCUUCAAGAUGUGUACAGUAGAUGGUUUAUCAUGGCUUAAUAUACGGCCAUAUUUGAAACAGAUAACCAGUGACUAAUGAGAUUGUUAGGAGAGGCCUAGAUCUGUGAGGGGAUAGCCCCCAUCUAUAUCAGCGCUGGACUGGGUUACUGCCGUGUCUCUGUGCUGCUUUUGUAAUACGUUACCCUCAUCCUUGCCGCUAUGAAAACCUUCAUUCUCCAGCAGGUAAAGUGCUGUCACCUUUCUCUUCUCCUUUCCUCACUUAAGAGCAUUCCUCCUCUCCGUUCCCACCUUCUCUCAUGCCCCUCAUUCUUUAUGCAGAAUCCCCCUCGUUCCUUUCUUGUACCCUUGGCUGAGUUUCUGCCUGUCCUGACCGUUUAUGAAAACUGAAACUUUCUGCUCCUCUCCAUCACUUCAAAAAAGCAAACCCCUCUAGCGUUGUUUUUGCUUUGGGGUUUUGAGACCAAGAAACGUGGCUACUUGACUUGACAAUGUGGGGAGCAGAGGGUUUUGAACUGCCCCCAUCCCCUCCCCCUUCUUUCCGACCCCUACCUAUCUCUGUCCCCUCUUUUGUAGGUUCACAGUUACUAAUGAAAAGUCUGUCCUCCGACACUGGCUUUGAACUUGGUCUAGGGAGUUAGGCCUCAUUAAAAGGACACUUAGGGAUUUUGGCAAUCUACUUCCCCAGAGUCAGAUUAAUUUGUGGAUACCAUGUUUAUGUCUCUGUGUCCAGUAUGAAGGAAGUUAGAGGUAGUUUCGUGAGCCCAUACAUUUCCAGUCAUUGCUCCAACGCUAGUUGGCAGUUCUUCAUUCAAAUUGCACGCAGAGACAUAAAAAUGGUAUCCAUGGGGGAGUAGAUAAAGGGCCUCAAUGCCAAAACCCCGAAGUAUCCCUUUAACAGCUUAUGUAUUUGUGAUGUCUUUAAGCGUUCAGUUUCUUGGUUAACACACUUUGUUUUUUCCCUAUAAUGUCCUGCUUCGUUUCUUUCCCAUUCUCCACAUUGUUUUACAUUGUAAUUGUUGUUGCUGUACACAUUUGCUCGCACUGUGUGACUCAUGCACAGUCUCAGAUUUUUUGUAUUUUCAAGCCAUUCGUGUGAGUGCUUUCCUUUUCCGUGGGCCACGGCUACAAACAGUUGAAUCUAUUCACCAAAACAAAUCUAGGAACAGUAAGUAAUGGGGGCAGGAAAAAGCACUUUUUAGGAAACAACAGAACUAUGUAUUUUUUAUCAGGUGAGAAACUGAGCCAGCUCAUACAGGUAUACUGUUUAACAUGUACCACAAGGAUAAAGCUGGCGGCAAGCUAGAAGCGAGGUCGAAGUUUGGGUGGUUCUCGCAAAAUAAACGAACUAGCCAGCUGUUUGUCAGAGCUGUUCGCAGUUGGCCGCUCGCUGUGGACUGGGCAGAUGUAAUUCUUUAACUUUGCGAACUCAUCUCUGGUGAACUAUGCAGACAGUCAUCAAGAUGGUAGUCCGGUAUGCAGACAUGGUGGAAACAACCAAACUGUCCCCGAUUUAUAUUCGCAUGAGCAGUUUUCCAUAGUUAGCUUGAAAGAUGAUAGCUAGCUAACUAACUUAGCUGUGGAUGUUUGCCAGUCAGCAUAGCUUGUAGAAUACUAUGCAUAAUGCGCUGGGAGUGCGACCCUAGCCAUGUGUCUUCGGUCAAAAAGACGAUGCAAGCCCGUUGAUUCACUGAACACUUUAAUUCCACAGUAACCAGAAUAAUGGUGUAUAUGUAGUACUAAAGAUGUGUGUGUGUGUGGUUUCUACUAGAGAAAGGGAAUGAUAAUACAAUAUUAGUAAUAUAUAAGGAUUCACUAGAUAAAAUAUUAUGACAUAGGUAUACAAUAGUAAAUAAGCAGGGGAAAUAUGCAUAAACAUACAGAAAAUAAUAUGCAUAAAUAGUAAUAAGGAAUGUAUACAUAAACAUAAUGGCAAGAAUACCUAAGAAUAUGCAUACAUAAUACGUGGCUGGGAUAUAUACCUAAUAGGUGUUACACAUGUAAACAAUAUGCAUAUAUUGGUUGCAAUAAUAAACUGUGCCACUUGGCUGCAGGCGAGCCCUGUAAAUUUUUUAAAUAUACAGUGAGGGAAAAAAGUAUUUGAUCCCCUGCUGAUUUUGUACGUUUGCCCAUUGACAAAGACAUGAUCAGUCUAUAAUUUUAAUGGUAGGUUUAUUUGAACAGUGAGAGACAGAAUAACAAAAUAAAAAAAUCUAGAAAAACGCAUGUCAAAAAUUUUAUAAAUUGAUUAGCAUUUUAAUGAGGGAAAUAAGUAUUUGACCCCUCUGCAAAACAUGACUUAGUACUUGGUGGCAAAACCCUUGUUGGCAAUCACAGAGGUCAGACGUUUCUUGUAGUUGGCCACCAGGUUUGCACACAUCUCAGGAGGGAUUUUGUCCCACUCCUCUUUGCAGAUCUUCUCCAAGUCAUUAAGGUUUCGAGCCUGACGUUUGGCAACUCUAACCUUCAGCUCCCUCCACAGAUUUUCAAUGGGAUUAAGGUCUGGAGACUGGCUAGGCCACUCCAGGACCUUAAUGUGCUUCUUCUUGAGCCACUCCUUUGUUGCCUUGCCCCGUCCUUCGUCCCUUUGAUGCGGUGAAGAUGUCCUGUCUCCAAAGCAUAAUGUUUCCACCUCCAUGUUUGACGGUGGGUAUGGUGUUCUUUGGGUCAUAGGCAGCAUUCCUCCUCCUCCAAACACAGCGAGUUGAGUUGAUGCCAAAGAGCUCGAUUCUGGUCUCAUCUGACCACAACACUUUCACCCAGUUCUCCUCUGAAUCAUUCAGAUGUUCAUUGGCAUACUUCAGACGGGCCUGUAUAUGUGCUUUCUUGAGCAGGGGGACCUUGCGGGCGCUGCAGGAUUUCAGUCCUUCACGGCGUAGUGUGUUACCAAUUGUUUUCUUGGUGACUAUGGUCCCAGCUGCCUUGAGAUCAUUGACAAGAUCCUCCCGUGUAGUUCUGGGCUGAUUCCUCACCGUUCUCAUGAUCAUUGCAACUCCACGAGGUGAGAUCUUGCAUGGAGCCCCAGGCCGAGGGAGAGUGACAGUUCUUUUGUGUUUCUUCCAUUUGCGAAUAAUCGCACCAACUACUGUCACCUUCUCACCAAGCUGCUUGGCGAUGGUCUUGUAGCCCAUUCCAGCCUUGUGUAGGUCUACAAUCUUGUCCCUGACAUCCUUGGAGAGCUCUUUGGUCUUGGCCAUGGUGGAGAGUUUGGAAUCUGAUUGAUUGAUUGCUUCUGUGGACAGGUGUCUUUUAUACAGGUAACAAGCUGAGAUUAGGAGCACUCCCUUUAAGAGUGUGCUCCUAAUCUCAGCUCGUUACCUGUAUAAAAGACACCUGGGAGCCAGAAAUCUUUCUGAUUGAGAGGGGGUCAAAUACUUAUUUCCCUCAUUAAAAUGAAAUCAAUUUAUAACAUUUUUGACAUGCGUUUUUCUGGAUUUUUUUGUUGUUAUUCUGUCUCUCACUGUUCAAAUAAACCUACCAUUAAAAUUAUAGACUGAUAAUUUCUUUGUCAGUGGGCAAACGUACAAAAUCAGCAGGGGAUCAAAUACUUUUUCCCCUCACUGUAUCUAGUUUAUUGUUUGGUAGUUUAUUCCAAUACAUUUCAGAAUUCCCAAAAAUAUGUUUUAUGAAUCUAGCUGCGUUUUAUAGGCUCCUCACUACGAGACUAAGCCAAUUUUCUAAAGCUAAAAUCAAUGUCUAUAUAUUUUUUUAGCAAGCUAGCUUCAUAUUUUUUUCUGACAUGCCGAAAAUGCAGCCUUAUUAAUUAAAUGUAAAACUUUGUGGCCACCAGAGUUUGACGUGACUACAGUUUGCAUUGAAUUGUGGGUCAUAUCAACCCUGCAAGUGACCAAAGUUCUUCACUCGCUCUGUCGAGCUAAAACGAGGGCCGAGGGGGCAACGUUUGUAAAUUGGACCUCCACUUAAGAUGGCAUUCAAACUGCAUCCGGUUUCAACUGAGAUUCCCCCGAGGGAAAGUUGCUAGACCAAGGGCGGAGGGGGUAAAAAUAACGUGUUUGGACUGCAGCCUAGUGGGUGCCGUAUUUCCCCAUAGAGAAUAACAGGCAUAAAUGGCGAACUGCCUAAAUGGCCUACAGUUACAUACAACACUGUAGAAUAGGAAUGUAAAGGCCAUAUAACAUGCAGGGUGUAAGCAUACAUGGUAACAAAAGGGAUAGAAGUAAAAAAAAAAAGGGGAUAGAAGUAAGAUUAUAUGGAAUAUAAACCUGUACAUGGCUGUAAUGGAUAUUACAAAAUACUGUUCUGACCACGGCUUACCGCAACAGUGUAAUUCUGACAUUGCAUUUUUGCAUACAAAACAGGGCAACGGUGUGCUUUAGGACCAUGCGGACGCCUCCGAGCAGUCGGGUAGGCUGUUUGGAGUGUUUAUCCGACUGGAUUAAAAAAAAGUGUCCCACCUACUUCUAAAACCAAAGUUGCGCCCCUGAAUUCAACCACACCUUUGUUUCAUCACAAAACCAGAGAGCAACCGCUGUCAGUUGAAGUCCACAAAGCAUAUUGCAUGUAACAAACCGUUACAUGACCUACAGCAUGGUCAAGCAAGUUAAUGUUUAUGACAUUUUCGGACUACUAAACAACUAUUGAUUUUGAACCACAGAGAGUUACCGCAAGUCGCAAAGAAAACAGGAGCUGCCUCCACUAUUCCAGCACCAUUUCAACUUCAACAUUUCAACAUCAUCAAAUCAUCUAUGCUUAGUCUAAUACAGUGACAACUAAAAGAUACCAAAAACAAUUUAGUCCAAUCAACGUAAGCUAAAUAUGAUGUGGCUGUCCAUGGUUCUGGUGUGUGUGUGCAUGCAGAAAAAAAACAUGUUGACUCACCCUACUACAAGCAUUUCGCUACACCCGCAAUAACAUCUGCUAAAUAUGUUUAUGUGACCAAUUAAGAUUUGAUUUGACUUGUAAAAUAACGGCAAUGCCAUCCUCUUCUCUUUCAUGUUGACGAAACGGUAUAUGACUGUCAUACAAUAUACGCUUUAAUUUUUUUGUUGUCCUAGGCUACCUGGCUAAAAUGCUUGCUCGCUAGCCUAACUUCCUUUCGUGGGCAACAUUAGCUAGUUAACAUUAUCCUUCUACAUGUAGCUACAUAGUUAUUGAACUUCCAUCCUCUCAGUCCAGGGGCACAAUGUAUGAAUUUAGGGUUGGAUCAGAAUCGCUGUUAUAAUCAUUGGCCAGUACAGAGAAUUAAGUAAAACCCAUAAGUCCAAAUCCCUAUCUCCAUCCAUGACAAGGAAAGGGCCAAUUUUAGGUAGCUAGCUAACCACCGGAGGACAACAACACGAGAUGCAACAAUUCAAGUCGUUUCUGUCAAUUACGUAUUUUUCUUGAAGCGAUGUGAAAGGAGUGAAGCCAAAUACAAACUGGCUUUCUUGACAGUUUUUUUUGUGUGUGCAAGGACCAUUCACAGUUGAGCUCACUCAGUUCAGCUCAAUGCUGAUUGGCUAUUAUUUUAUGCUUUUUUUUUUAUCAAGGGAGGCCAAAUGCUCACUGGCCUUCCUUUCAUUCAAUGCUAUGGUUGGCAACAAUGUCAUACUCUUUAAGACCGACAGCAUCAGAUAGAUGGCCUACACAUACAGAGACAGAGGGGAGCUGUGUUGCUCUCUCGGAUGCUUUCUCCAUGAGAUGCAUUCAGCCUCUUGUGAAUUGAAGGGAAAUUAUGAAAACACAAAGAGACUAAAUAUAUCAAUUUUUCGGGGAAGUCUGGCUUCCCUUGGCAUCCAUGAAUACACACCACUGCUUCUAAUGCCUCAUAAGGGGUAAGUAAUCCAAAAGUAACUGAGUUUGGGUAAUCCAAAAGUUUUUACAAUUUUGGACAGGUAGUAACUAACGGAUUACAUUGAGAAAGUAACCUACCCAACCCUGCUCGUGACUGAGGGAGAAGGGGAUUCUUCAGCUAGCUUAUUAGCUGGCUAGCAACCUACAGUAGCUUUCUUAGCGCAUUACUUAACUUCGCUUCGCAAAGACUAUAAUUCGAGAGGGUUUACGAAGAACGUAUUUUAUGUCUGCAAGAACCACCCAAAGUUGCACUUAGAUUCUACUGUCCCUCCCCCUUAAAUAUCAAAUAUAUUUGCUAGACCUAGCAGUGGCAGAAAUGUAAUGUUGAAAAUGCCACACUUUCUUCAGAUAGUAUAUGAGAGUAUCCACCAUCUUAGACUUCAGGUUUUCAUCAUGCCCAAGUGAAGCAUGUCAGUGUUUUGAUUCAUAUGCCCAAAGCAAAUCAGGUAGCAUCAUUUCGAGAUAAGUGUGAGCUCUGAACCAGGUCAGUACUUGUGUGGACUCUCUCAGCCCACAGCCUCUUUUGUGCACCCUCUCAUAGUCUGAAAACUCUGAUCACAUGCUACACCCCCUGCAACCCCCAGCUCUCACACUCUUUCUUAAAGGGGGGUUUCAACCUCUUGAAUCCUUUGUUUUGUCUCUUGCACCUGCACUUGUAGUUCCUGAAACUAAAGAAGUGGUGAUCCACAAGUACAAGACACCCAUGGUGAGUUGAACUCUUCCGCUCUUGUAGUGAACGCCAUGCUCUUGGCAUUCAAUAGCCACCAGAUCUGUUUUAACAGUGCUGCAUUGCAUAUAUAUCCUGACACGAUUUUGAAGAGUAAUCCCUUUGACAUAACUGCUAAAAUGCAUGUAAUUUGUUUUUUUCAAGUAGCCUUUUUACUUAAUCUCUCUUAAGUAUUUUCAAAUAAUGUAAUCCCCUUUUUAUUCAUAACAUGAUUAGUGUAAGUUCUACAGAGCCAUGACACCAAAUAAUAAAGUGAGAGGCAGCAGAAGUAGUAUGACUACGCCACAAGUAGCUUGGUCAGAGCUACACUUCCCUCAUGUUCUCUUUAUUUUUUUCUCUCUCAAACAGGCACACCAGAUCUGUUACUCCGUCCUCUGCCUUUUCUCUUACGUGGCUGCGGUGAAGGGGAAGGAAGCAGAAGGCAAGCCCAAGCUCCUAUCUCCAAGAUCCCUGCCAAGCUAG